CGUCGAGGUAAAAGCAAGCCCUGCCCAAAGUUAGGUGGUUUGAGAGGCAUCACCCCCUCUCUGCGCCAGCUGGAAGAAACCCCCCUAAGGGCGGGUGUGGAUGUCUGGGAGCAGUUCUGCAGAAGCCACGACGGCGCGGGCCACGUCUAGCAGAGGCUGCAGAGGCUCAAUCAACCUCUUGCGGCAGCGGCCGGAGGCUCCUUUUCUUUCCCGAGCGAGGCGCCGCCUCUUUUCCCUCCUCCUCCUCCUCCUCCUCCUCCGUCUCAAGGCUCUCGCCAACCUCCUUUCGGAAGAUGGCCGGGCUAAACAGUAAGACCCACGCAGCGGAGGCGCCGAGAAGCAGCGGCCGAGGGGUCGUGGUAAAUGCAAAAAAAUAAAAAUAAAAACCCCUUCUCCCCCUCCCUCCCCUGCUCCCGCAUCCAAACCUUUGCUGCCUCCCUUCUGCAGCUAAAGCAUCCGCUUCCGUCAGCUAACCCCUUUCCCUCCCUUUCAUCUAUCCAAUCCCUGCCCUUUAUGGCGGCUCCCCCCCCCUCCUGUUAUGAAACGCUCCCCGCCCGCCCCCCCCAAAAGAAUAUUUGAAUUGCAAGCGGGUUAGUCAUUCAUUGCGCUCGAUGGGGCUCGCUCCCUGUCUGCUGUGCUGAGCCCGCUUAUCUGGGAGAACCCCCCCCCCAUUGAACCCAGUUAGGGUUUACAUCCGAGUCAACGUGCAUAGAUAGGAACUGGGCUGCGCGAGUAUGCAUUCCGGUACAUUGAAAUAUGAUGCAUGUUGUUUACCACUGUUUUCCCUUGGGAUUUCCCCCUGGUAAGUAUGUAUAGGAAAGCAGCCUUAUUGCUAGCACACACACACACAAAUAUUUUGGAUGCGAUUUCGUUGGGGGUUCUGAUACGUGUUUUGGUUAGAGAAGAGUUGUUCCUUCUAGAUUAAUUGUCACCUUAAGAGUGAAAUGCCGCAGCUACAACUUCGUAAUUUCAUCUAAAAUAGUCUUGGCUUUGUAGAAAUCCAUUCAGUGCAGCCACCGCCACCCAAAAAACAGCAACGCGUCGUCCUAGCACAGCAAGUAAAACUUCUGUGGGAGAAAAGCACAACAAUACUCUAAAUUUUCCUCACUAGGUGCUGUAUAUUAAAAUGUAUAUUUUUGUGCGUAGCAAUCCCUAAUUGCAGCCAUCAGAAUGUAUUACCUCACCUGCAGCCAUAAUUACGGCAUGGGGGGGGGGAGGAAGGUUUUGGUAUUGCUUAGCCUCCCGGAUUAGCAGGUUCACAACAGGUGUGCUUAAAAGAAUGUUUAGAUACAGCUAGGCAAUCUUAAGGUGUGCAUUCUUAUCAAACAUUAACUGUUUUCUAUUCCUAUGUACUCUUCAGGGUGCAGGUAAUAAGUACAGCUGUCUUCUGAAUAAAUAAAUCGCAAAGCCCAGUCCUAGGCAUGUUUACUCUGAAGUAAAAGUGUUACUUUGGACAAUGUUGCUUACUCCCAGGCACAUAUGCAUAGGAUUUUACUGUUACUCAUGUCUCUAGUUUACUGGUUGUUAAUAGCUUAAGACAGUCUUGACCCUAAGCACCCACUUGGCAGACCUAGACAAAAAGGAGUUGCAUGUACGCCAGGGACUGUGCCCUUCUUCUGCACCUGGCAUAGAUACCACUUAUUAUAGGAAAACGAAAAUAGGCCUUUGUUCUGAUCCAGCAAGCCUGCUCUUAGGUGCUUUCUCUGCCUUUCUCUGAAGGGCUUCCCUUGAACCCCUGUCUCCUGUGUUUACCUUGUCUUAGAUUGACAGAAGUGUUUGGGUCACGGAAGGAGGAAGCAAACCUCUGCUUUGGCAGUAUUAUAUACAUGCCCACAGCGUUUUAUGACAAUUCUGUUCAUUUCCUUAAACCAGGGCUAGCCAGUGUUAUUCCUUCCAGAUGUUUUUAGACUGCAGCUUCCACCAGACCUGAUCACAGGCUGUGGUGGCUGGAGCUGACAUGAUUUGGGAAGCCUGACAACAUCUGGAGGGCGCCAUGUUGGCUACCCUUGCUUUAAACUGUCCGAGAGUCCUGGGGUUUGGGCACAUAUAGCAAAGUUCUUACGGUACUUGAUACAGAAUGGAAGAUUUGUGUUAGGGGAAUGCGAUGUAUUUCCCCACAAGAGCUGCCUAGAGUGCAAGGAUAUGUUGCUCCUUUCCACAUGUCUUGGCACAUUGUAGAAAACUCUGUUAUGGCGAUAUGUUACCAUUCCAAAAAAAGAAUACAGUAGUACCUCAAGUUACUGAUGCUUCAGGUUACAUAUGCUACAGGUUACAUACUCUGCUAACCCAGAAAUAGUACCUCAGGUUAAGAACUUUGCUUCAGGAUGAGAACAGAAAUCGUGCUCUGGCGGCGCAGCAGCAGCAGGAGGCCCCAUUAGCUAAAGUGGUGCUUCAGGUUAAGAACAGUUUCAGGUUAAGAAUGGACCUCCGGAACGAAUUAAGUACUUAACCCGAGGUAGCACUGUAAUGUUGUUUUUUUACUGCAUUUGAUUUACCAGACAAAUGUCAACCUUUUAUUUAUGCAUUGCCUUCCAUGUUCAUCUCAAGGCAGUGUACAAAAUGCAAUAAAAACAGUUUUAAACAAUAUGGAAAAUAGCAGCAAAGUAAAACACACACACACACACACACACACACACACAAAGACCAAAUAGACACCUGUGGCAAAGAUCCUUUCAUCCUGCUGGGAAGGCUUGUCAGAACAAAAAUGUAUUCACUUGUUUCCGGAAAGGGCAGGAUGUGGGACACCUGUCACAUUUUGGCAAGAAUGCUGCUUGCACAGAACAUGGGCAGCCACACUAAAAGCUCUCCUGUGAGUUACUGCAGACUGGGCUUCUGAGAUCUUUGGAACAUGUGGAAAGGAGAAGCUCUCCUACAAGGAAAGAGUCUUAAUGAAGUUGCAGCAUUUCCUACUAAGUUCUUAUUCUACGGGAGUAGCCUCACGUACUUUUGAUGCAGAAAUCCUGCGCUCUCUUCGGCAGCACAUAUAUUCUAAAAUUGUAACGAUACAGAGAAGAGGAAUGCAGAACUCCCAUGCAAAUUUCUACAUGAAUUGAGUUUGUUGCUGCGUCGCUUGUAUGCUAAUAAUCUCUUGCAGAAGGUUACUAGCCUAGAUUUUUGACUUGCUAACUCUAAAACGAGGAUGAGCAAUAAGGGACUAACCCAUAGACUUUUGCAGGGUUGUUUUCCGCAAUCAUGCAGUUACGGACAAAAUGACAUUUUAACUUUGAACUUUUGCCCAGAUGAACCGUGAAAUGAUCCAUUCCAGUAUCCUCUUGUGAAAGCUGUCCAAGGGAAACUCAGCCAAGGCAAGAUGUUCCAGCACUAGUUCAGAAUGCAUUCAGAACAGAGCACAUACUGAUGGCUUGGAGGCCAGAAGUAGUCUUCCCUGUUCUUGCUAGAAUACUAAAAAGGCCCAAGAAGCACCAUGUGAUCCCCAUGUGAUCUUCUGGUUCACUCGCUACCUUCUGCCUGAGGUGAAGAAGAAUGUUUGAGCGAGCCAAAGGCCCUCUUCCAAGCACAACCCAAGUAGAUUCCUGCAGAGAGAUAGAUUGUCGCUGCAUGUCCAAAGACUAAUUUGCUAGGACUUGAAGCCAGAGAGAACUUUUCACUCUCGUUUUUUUUUUUAGAAGAGGGGUAGCAGAAACAACAAAGAGUUUUAUGGCUCCGUCAAGACCAAACACGUUUGUUUGGCAUAAUUUUUUGUGGGCUACAGCCCACUUCAAGAGGUGAGUCAGGCUGCAUCUGAUGGGAGAGGGCUGUCGUCCACGAAAGCUUAAGCCGUAAGAAAUGUGUUUAGCCCUGAGAAUGCCACAAAACACCACUAUUUAUUGUUGUCUCUUUUGUUCUAAGUUAACCCACUUUAGAUCAUUUCUUAGAAACAAGGCUUCCUAUUAAAACAAGGCUGAGGAACCUUCCCCCCCUCCAAACCCAGCAAUAUGCUGGCAGUAGCUUGGAGGAGGGACAGGGAUGGGUAAGACCACCCCUUUCUCCUCUUUCACUCCUUGCCCACCCCCCACUUCAAAUCUUCUUUGUUCUCUUUGCCCAGCAAACCAACAGGAGAGCAGCAAAUCAGUCUUGCCAGAAAUGUGAAUCAAUUGCUUGCAUAAAAAAAGGUAAAUGGACCCUUGACAGUUAUGUCCAGUCACAGACGACUCUGGGGUUGUGGCACUCAUCUCGCUUUACAGGCUGAGGGAACUGGCGUUUGUCUGAGACAGUUUUUCCGGGUCAUGUGGCCGCAUGGCUAAGCCGCUUCUGGCGCAACAGAACACUGAAACCAGAGCAGCACACGGAAAUGCCGUUUACCUUCCCGCUGGAGCAGUACCUAUUUAUCUACUUGCACUUUUUGGGAUGCUUUUGAACUGCUAAGGUUGGCAGGAGCUGGGACCAAGAAACAGGCGCUCACCCUGUUGCGGGGAUUCGAACCGCCAACCUUCUGAUCGGCAAGCCCAAGAGGCUCAGUGGUUUAGAACACAGCGCCGCCCGCGUCCCUAAUCGCUUGCAUGGGGGUUCCAUUAGUUUCAGCUUUUUUUGUCUCCCCCCCCCUUCUGGGUUUCCCUCCCCCCAACAUGAAAUUAGGGUGAUGGUUGCAAGUUCCCCACCUCUGUGCUGAAGGAUCAAGCCAUGCGCAGGUUUCCAUGACUCUGUUUCUGCUAAACCAAUUGUCAAAUGGUGUUUAAACACAGAUGAUGCAAUCAGUUUGUAGUGCACACAAAAUUAAAUUUCUAAUGAACAUUUUAUCUCUUUUACAGAUUUCAGAUGAUUGGCCUGGGUAUAGCUUGGAACUGUUUACAUAUCCACAACACUACUAUGGAGAUCUUGACUAUGUGCUCAUACCACAUGGGAUCAUUGUGGACAGGUGAGGGUCUGAGAGUAUGACGUUUAUAAAAGCUACAUGUUCAGUUCCUCCCAAGGUAGGAACAGCCCAUUUAAUAUCUUGCUCGCUAAAAUAUUGACACCCCAAUUUAAGCUGUAAUGCUUAUUGUAACAGGAAGCCUAAAAGCUCGCUCUCUUCCUAGCCUGGGACCAGGAAUAAGUUCCCGUCUCUCUCUCAGCUGGACUAUGCUGUUAUCAGCUCUGCUUUCCCCUCUGACCUUGAGGCAAGGUCUGCAAGAUUCAGGACAAACAAACAGAAAUACCUUUUCACACAGGAUGUAGUUAAAUUGUGGAAUUCUCUCCCACAAGAGGUAGUGGUGGCCAGCAUUUUGGGUGGCUUUAAAAGAGGAUCGGACGAAUUCACAGAGGAUGGGGCCAUUCAUGGCUGCUAGCCACAACGGCUGUGUUCCACAGUCAAGGAAUUGUUGUUGUUUAGUCAUUUAGUCGUGUCCGACUUUUCGUGACCCCAUGGACCAGAGCACGCCAGGCACUCCUGUUUUCCACUGCCUCCCACAGUUUGGUCAAACUCAUGCUGGUAGCUUCAAGAACACUGUCCAACCAUCUCGCCUCUGUCGUCCCCUUCUCCUUGUGCCCUCCAUCUUUCCAGGGAGUCUUCUCUUCUCAUGAGGUGGCCAAAGUAUUGGAGCCUCAGCUUCAUGAUCUGUCCUUCCAGUGAGCACUCAGAGCUGAUUUCCUUAAGAAUGGAGAGGUUUGAUCUUCUUGCAGUCCAUGGAACUCUCAAGAGUCUCCUCCAGCACCAUAAUUCAAAAGCAUCAAUUCUUCGGCGAUCAGCCUUCUUUAUGAUCCAGCUCUCACUUCCAUACAUCACUACUGGGAAAACCAUAGCUUUAACUAUACGGACCUUUGUUGGCAAGGUGAUGUCCCUGCUUUUUUAGGGUGCUGUCUAGACAGUCAAGGAAGCACACUCCUAAAUACCAGUUGCUGGAAGUUGCAGGUGGGGAGAGGACAUCUGAUUAGCCACUGUGAGAACAGAGUGCUAGACUAGAUGGGCCUUGGGCCUGAUCCAGCAGGCUCUUUAUGUUGUUAUGAGUAUGAAGAUGAGGGAGCAUCCAGCCCCACACCUGCCCCUAAGAGAGCAGGGCCUUCUUGCUUUCCUCCAAUUCCCCCUCAGCAUGAAUGAGCAGCAUGGAAUAAAAGACAUCUAGGCAUGGUGCAGUCGCAAAUGCACAUCGCCCCCGGCAGCUAAUUUUAAGAGGAUUUAUUAAAAACCAGGCUUAAGGGAGUCAAAAGGAGAAAGCAGAAGGGCGUAUGGAAUACACUGAAGAAACAUUCCAUGUUUGUGUAACCCAAUGCAACUGUUUACAAACAAGCUUCUGGUCUCCUCAUGAGUAGUAACAUGGCUGGUCAGGAGGACAGUGAGAGACAACAGACUAAAGCCAACAUUCAAAGGGAUAAUUAUUGCCAGAUUUUGCCUGCGAGAUGACAGGCUUCCUUCAGCUUGUGUAUCGUGGGCUUGGCCAGAGUUACCUGGUCUGCCAACUGCUAGGAAAUGGAAGCUGAGCAACCUGGAAGUGUUUAAACAGACAGGCUGGGAGUAGGCCACAACUGCACCAUGGUUACCGCAGUUACUGGUAUGUAAGCUCAAUUGAAAUUGGGGAGAUGUGUUUCCACGUAACUAUUUAGGGUGGAGAUGCUGAAUACCCAUUCAAGAAGGUGGACUCAGUGACACAUUUAUGCAGCUCUGGUAAAGACAGGGCACUUUCCUGGUAUUGCAUCGAUGGGUACAGAUUUUUAAGUCUUGGUUCUUUUAUUAUUUCAUCUAUUCAUAUACAUCUUGUUUUAUUUAUAUACUACUUAAUGCCAAAAUUAGGCUUCCAAUUUUUUCUCAUUUCCUGUUCUUAAUAAGUACAAGUUGUGACUUGUUUAUACUAGAUACCUGUAACCAGUGCUUUUUUUCUAGAAAAAUAGGUGCCGGUACUCACCAUGACAUUGUUACAGUUAGUGUCACAUUUUUUAACCAAAAGAGAGAAAGGUGCUGGUACUGUGUACCCUUAAGUCCCCCUUGAAAAAGAAAUGUAGCCCUUCUUCUUAAUGAGACGGUUACUAUUCUGCAUCAAGCUAACAUUCAGAUGUUAUGGCUAUUAUGUGGCCUGUGCUAACCAUGGUUGGAGCUUCCAGAUGUACAACAGGCAAACCGUGGUUUAGAGUGGUUUGCCCACUUUCAUUUUUCACCCUUUCAGCACUCAGCUUGAUAAGUUCUUAAAUUCUUAACUGAGACUUCUUCAAAGUUGAUUUAGGGGACAGAAUGUAGGACUAGGGACCGGAAGACAUUCAGCCAUUCAGUACACUGAAUGACACAUCACCAGUCACUUUCUCUAAGCUGGAUUGUUGGGGUGCAGUGGGGGCAUAUAUGCUGCCUUGAGCUCCUUGGAGGAAAUGUGGAAUAGAAAAUAAAUAAAUAAAUAAAUUUAUAUAAUUUAAUUUGUAUUUUCUUCUUCGUCCAAGGAAGAACAGCAAUUAUACCCAUGCAACAGGCCUGUGAAGUUGGUUGUUCAGAGAGACUAUUAUAUUCCAAAGGCAUAUAGCUGAGUUUUAUAGCUGAAUAUGGAUUUGUACCUGCAUCUUCCACAUCCAUACCCAACACUCUAGCCAGCUACCUUUAAAUAUAAAUACGAGCUUUAAUGAGAAGUUCUGGCAAAUUAUAUCUUUGUUCUUCGUAGCUGGGGAUUGUUAACUGCUAAGCUGUCACCUAGAAUAAAGUUUAAAUACUUAAUUUCCGAGAUGUUUUGAAUGCUAAAGCUGAAAUAGCUUCAGGGCUAGAAUGUCACUGGAAAUCAUUCAAGGUGCACAUUGUAGUCCUCAGAAUAGCAAAAGGGUUAGGAAAAUGAGGAGAUCUUAAAAGACAAUUCAGCACCUCCUUCUGCAUAAAAAUAACAGCAACCAGAGGUCACUAAUCCCCUUACUGGGUAAUCAACAUAUUUUAAAUGCCUGAAUUAACAGGUGUGGAAAAAGAACUUCAACUGUGAGUGAGCAAUUGUAAUUUCCGCAGCAAAAAAAAUUAACAAGCUGCCAAGAAAUAGCCACACACCCUCCAUGAAAUGAUUGCCUGUGUGUGAAAUAUGUGUGAGCAUUCUACUGAGUUCUGGAUCUUUUGAAUCAGGACACCAGAAGGAUAGCCUUCACCUGGGUUCUGUCUACCUGGACCUUCAGAUCCUCUUUAGAGACCCUCCUCUAUGUGCUGAGUGGAGUUUGCAACUAGAGAGAAGGAUAUAUCUGUGGUGCCACCCCUAUAGUGAGAUAGUUACGCCAGAGAGGCUCACCUGAUGCCAUCCCUAUGGUCUCCUUUUGGUGCCCAAGUGCAGACCUCUUCAUUCACCCAGGCCUUUUUGAAGCAACUUGCAUUUAAAGAGAGAGUGUUGUAAACCUGGUCUUCUAGUGGUUGGGUUGAGUUGUGUUCUAUUUUCUACUCUGAACUGCUGGUUUGGAAGGAAAGUGUUGUGCUACUUUCUAUGGUUUCCAGUAUAUUUUAAUUAAUUUUGUGUGUGUUUUGUGUGUGUGUGUGUGUUUACACCGAAGGGAAGUCAUAUAAAUUCAGCAAUAAAUAAAAUAAGUACAGAAGAUCCCAGGAACUUUGUGGCUAGGCUUUCUGGCUAUUUUGUUUGUCCUGCACACAUGGAACUUGGGUUUUUUUCUUACAUGUGCCUUGAUAUGCUGCUAAUAUUUGUGCAUAAAAAUGAGAGUUAUGUGUGACCAGUUGCACCAGAAUUUGGGUGGCGAUGCUCAUUUGAAUACAGAUGUAGUCUAUCUGCACCAAAUUACUUUAAAUGGGAUGCACAUUCAGACGCCCAUCUCCACCCACAUUCUGGUGCAACUGAAUCUGAAGUUGAAUCUUGAAGUUGAAAUGAGACCUUGAACUUUACUAUUUUUGUAUUGCACCAUAGAAUAUACUUGCAUUGAAAAAUCCCAAGUCUUACUAUAUAUUUAUCCUUAAUUUUUGCUUUAGGACAGAAUGUUUGGCCAAAGAUAUCAUGCAAGACAUUGGAUACAAUGACAUUGUAGUUCUCUGUGUACUUAAAGGUGGCUACAAAUUCUGUGCUGACCUUGUGGAGCAUAUUAAGAACCUCAGUAGAAAUUCAGAGAGGUUCAUCUCCAUGAAAGUUGACUUUGUCAGACUGAAAAGUUACCUGGUAAGUAAUGAUUUUGCUUACUUAAAGAAAAAGGAAAAAAAAACCCUAGUGAGUUGAGUGUGGUCUGAUUACAGUUUGUAUACAUGGAUUUUUAUUUUUUUUAAAGGAAGGCAUCAAAGUCCAACCUUCCCAGUUUUUGCUGUAGCAGGCUUCAAUGAAUAAACUGAUGUAAUGUAAUGAAUUAACUUUUCUCCUUUCGUGAACAGAACAGGAAUUUGGGAGAUGACACACUCAACUUAAGAUCUGGUUGAUUUUUAAAGGAUCCUAAAUGAUUUACUCCACUACAGCUUUAUUGCAUCCAUUAUUCCUUCUCUCUCAGUGAAACUGAACCAGCCAACACAAAGUUCCAUUUUUAAUAAUAAUAAUAAUAAUAAUAAUAUAGUGUGUAUACCCUAGCCACUCUGGGCGGCUUCCAACAAAAUAUUAGAAUACAAUAGUGCGUCAAACAUUAAAAGCUUCCCUAAACAGGGCUGCCUUCAGAUGUCUUCUACAAGUCUGGUAGUUGUUUUUCCCUUUGACAUCUGGUGGGAAGGCAUUCAACAGGGCAGGUGCCACUAGUGAGAAGGCCCUUUGCCUUGUUCUCUGUAACUUGGCUUCUCACAGUGAGGGAACCGCCAGAAGACCCUCAGCGCUGGACCUCAGUGUCUGGGCAGAACGAUGGGGGUGGAGAUGCUCCUUCAGGUAUACUGGACCGAGGCCAUUUAAGGCUUUAAAGGUCAGCACCAACACUUUGAAUUGUGCUCAGAAACGUACUGGGAGCCAAUGUAGGUCUUUCAAGACCGGUGUUAUGUGGUCUCGGCGGCUGCUCCCAGUCAGCAAUCAUUCUCGAUUAGUUGUAGUUUCCAGGUCACCUUCAAAGGUAGUCCCACAUAGAGCACAUUGAAGUAGUCUAAGUGAGAGAUAACUAGAGCAUGCACCACUCUGGCGAGACAGUCUGCUGGCAGAUAGGCUCUCAGCCUGCAUAGCAGAUGGAGCUGGUAAACAGCUGCCCUGGACACAGAAUUGACCUGCGGCUCCAUGGACAGCUGCGAGUCCAAAAUGACUCCCAGGCUGCACACCUGGGCUUUCAGGGGCACAGUUACCCCAUUCAGGACCAGGGACUCACACAGGACCUUCACCACCUUCACUGGUUUUGAUUUGAAAGAGACGUAGAGCUGGGUAUCAUCCGCAUACUGAUGAACACCCAACCCAAACCCCCUUAUGAUCUCUCCCAGCGGCUGCAUGUAAAUGUUAAAAAGCAUGGGGGAGAGGACAGAACCCUGAGGCACCCCACAAGUGAGAGCCCAGGGGUCUGAACACUCAUCCCCCCCCACCACUUUCUGAACAUGGCCCAGGAGGAAGGAGCAGAACCACUGUAUAACAGUGCCCCCAGCUCCCAGCCCCUCUAGACGGUGCAGAAGGAUGUUAUGGUCAAUGGUAUCAAAAGCCGCUGAGAGAUCCAGCAGAACUAGGAAACAGCCUUUGUCCCUAGCCCGCCAGAGAUCAUUGACCAGUGUGACCAAGGCAGUUUCAGUCCCAUUAUGAGGCCUGAAUCCCGACUGGAAGGGAUCCCAAAUGGUCCGCUUCUUCCAGGCGUGCCUGGAGUUGUUCAGCAACCACUCACUCAAUCACCUUGCCCACGAAUGGAAGAUUUGAGACUGGGCGACAGUUGGCCAUAUUGGCCACAUCUAAAGAUGGUUUUUUAAGAAGCGGUUUGAUAACAGCCUCUUUCAGUGGGUCUGGGAAGGCUCCCUCACAAAGAGAAGCAUUCACCCCCCUGCGAAGCCCAUCGCCCAGCCCUUCCCAGCUUUUAUAAGCCAGGAUGGGCAAGAAUCAAGGAGACAGGUGGUUGGUUUCACUCGUCCAAGCAGCCUGUCCACAUCCUCGGAGGUAACAGAUUGGAAUUGAUCCCACACAACUUGACUAGACAGAACUCUAGCCCUGCUCCCACAGUGGAGUCUACCUCUUCCUGAAUCUGAGCGACUGCAAAAUCAUUGCAGGAUUUUAGUGUUGGUUUUAUAGAGAGAAAAAUGGGGAAAAAACUAUCCCCAGAGUUCCUUGGGUCAAUUAGUUCUGUUUAAGCCUAUUUAAGAUCACAGCAUAGAUAUGCCUUAGGUUUGAAGCAAGACUCAAGCCAAAAUCCAAAGAAAGAGUGGAACUGGAUCCAUGAGUGGUGGAGGGGAGACUGAGAUCUGACAUUUGUUUCUCUUACACAGCACCAUCCACACACCCAGUAGCAAAUGGCUAAGAAACAGGGAGGAGUUUCUAAAGCAGUUUGUGAUAUGACAUGUGGUGCCACAGAUGUUUGGAGAAACCAUUCAAGCAAUUCUACCGUGCUAGCACAAGCCCCUUGGGCAAACCAGAGCAGCACUUUUGGAUCUUUGCCAUUUUUUACAGUGAACUAUUUGUUUUUGUCGUGAAUCCUUAUAAUAGAAGGAACAGGAAGGUAGAAGCAUCCCACCCACAGGGCUGGCCCAAGACCAAAUGCAAGGAACAUCCCCACCAGCCCCCUCUCUUUGUUCAGGUUUUGGGAUGUCUUGUUUUUUAUUGGAUUCAUAGUCCAUUUCAUGACUGUGCACAAUUUGCAAUCAUGCAAUUUCCAUCCACAGUUCUUGUGGAUCAGGAACUAGUUAAGUUAGCAGGGAGCAAAGAGUAGUAUGGAGCUCAGAAAAUCAAGUGUUUCCUCCCCCUCCUCCCAAGGAUCUGUAUUCAUCAUCAUCAUGAUCAAACCUUUAUUGGCAUCACAUACAAACAUUCAGAAUAAAUAGGCCAGUGUGAUCUUGUCGCCAUUUCAACAGUACAGUCAUACCUCUUGUUAGGUUUGCUUCAGGUUAAAUCUUUUCAGGUUGCAUCCCAUGGCGACCCGGAAGUACCGGAAAGGGUUACUUUCGGGUUUCGCCACUUGCACAUGCGCAGAUGCUCAAAAUGAUGUCAUGCGCAGAAGCAGCGAAUCGCGACCCGCGCACACGCAGAUGCAGGUUGUGUUCUGCUCAUGUUGCGAACGGGGCUCUGGAAUGGAUCCCAUUCGCAACCAGAGGUACCACUGUACAGUCAUUUGCCAAAGGGAAGAAGAGGGGAGCAAGAUCUGUAUUCGGACCUGCGCUUUUUAAGCAGUGAUGUGAACAAGUUUUCUGAUAGUAUAUACUAAGUUGUUCAGGGUUGUUAAAAGAAAAGAAAAAGGACUCUGAAGAACUCGGAAAGGACCUCUCCAAAGGGUGAAUGGGCUUUAAAAUAGCAAACACAAUUCAUUGUAAACAAGUGUAAAGUGAUGCAUGUCAAAAAAUAUUAAAUUCACAUAUACAUUCAUGAGGUGUUAACUGGCAGCGAUGGACUAGGAGCAAGACUUUGGAGCUGUAGCAAAUAGGUCAGUGGAGAUGUCAGUGCACCAUGCAGUAGCUGUGAAAAAAAGAGCAGAUUCCAUGCUGAGGGAUCAUAUUGAAAGGAACUGAGAAUAAAAUUCCUGACAUCAUUAAUGCUGUCAUGGGGUGCAGCCACAUUUGGAAUGCUGUGUACUAUUCUGGCUGCCUCACCUCAUAAAAAGAGAAAUGGUAAAGUUGGGAAAGGUUCAGAAGAGGGUAACCCAAAUGAUCAUGAAGAUGGAGCAAGUCCUCUAAGAGGAAAGGUUGCAUCAUUUGGGCCUUUUUUACUUUAGGGGAAAGGCAAAUAAGGGGUGACAUGAUAGAAGAGCAUAAAAUUAUGCACGAUGGAGAGAAAGUGGCUGGAGAAAAUUUGUUCUCUCAUAACAUUGGAAUGUGUGGACACCCAGUGGAAGCUGAAUGUCGAGAGAUUAAGAACAGGCAAAAAAAAAAAAAAAGUACUUUUACUCACCCAGUGCAUAGUUGAACUAUGGGAUUCGCUCCCACAGGGGACAGUGAUGGCUACCGACAUGCAUGGCUUUAAAGGAGGAUUAGACAAAUCCGUGGUGGUAAAGACUAUCAGUGGCUUCUAGCCAGGAUGCUCCUAAAUACCAGUUGCUGGAAACUGCAGUCGGGGAGAAUGCUCUUGUGCUCAGGUCUUGGUUUCAGGCUUCCCGCAAGCAUCUGGUUGGCUGCUGUGAGAACAGCAUUCUGGAUUAGAUUGGGCAUUAACCUCAUCCAGCGCCUCUUCUUAUGUUUAUCCCUGUCAUAAUAAGGUUAGAAAGUUGCACAUAUGAAUCUGAUUCCAGUUGCUUACACACAGCCACAUUCAUUCUCCCAGUAAAUUAUUAAUUAUUAUUAUUAUUAUUAUUAUUAUUAUUACAACCCCACCCAUCUGGCUGGUUUUCCCCCGCCAUUCUGGGCGGCUCCCAACAGAAUAUUAAAAACACGAUAAAACAUCAAAAAUUAAACGCUUCCCUAAACAGGGCUGCCUUCAGAUGUCUUCUAAAAGUCAGAUAGUUGUUUAUUUCCUUGACAUCUGAUAGGAGGGCGUUCCACAGGGCGGGCGCCACUACCGAGAAGGCCCUCUGCCUGGUUCCCUGUAACCUCACUUUUCGCAGUGAGGGAACCUCCAGAAGGCCCUCGGAGCUGGACCUAAGGCUGAACGAUGGGGGUGGAGACGCUCCUUCAGGUAUACUGGGCCAAGGCCGUUUAGGGGUUUAAAGAUCAGGACCAACACUUUGAAUUGUGCUCGGAAACAUACUGGGAGCCAAUGUAGGUCUUUCAGUUCGCAUCUAACGCCAAGCCAAACCAUGGCUAAGUGCGAAGGAGGAACUUGCUGUCAAAAUCAUGGCCGUUCCUCCUCGGUGCUGCUGCACUGCAGAGUGCUAUAUCACAGUUUGGCUUAGUGUUGCAUUCGAAAUCCAGGCUCAUGGUUUGUAUGGUUAAUGAGACAACUGGUUAACUAGAUAGCUGGAGAUAGAUUCCUCCCCCUGUCUCCUCAGGGGUCACCUGGGUCACCACCUAAUAAAUCCAGCCCUGCACCCCAACACUGGGCAGGAGGUGAAGAUAGCAAUCUUACACACCCCAGGAAUACAUCCCAUUCUGCUGCCAAUCCCAGGAUUGUGGAGGGCUGUGUUCAGUUUCUGCACCAAUGUUUGUAUGGACACAUUUAUAUCAACCAGAACCAAUGCUGGUAUCAGCCUGGUUAUGAAUACAGUGGUACCUCGGGUUAAGUACUUAAUUCGUUCCGGAGGUCCGUUCUUAACCUGAAACUGUUCUUAACCUGAAGCACCACUUUAGCUAAUGGGGCCUCCUGCUGUGCCGCCGGAGCACAAUUUCUGUUCUCAUCCUGAAGCAAAGUUCUUAACCUGAGGUAAUAUUUCUGGGUUAGCAGAGUAUGUAACUUGAAGCAUAUGUAACCUGAAGCGUAUGUAACCUGAGGUACCACUGUAUCCCUUUCAGUUGUUUUUCAUUAUUUUUCUGUGUGGGAUCAAACCUUCUUGCUUUCCUUGCUCUGUUUUUCCAUUGCAUUUUAACAUCUCAGUUUUAUUUUUAUCUAAUUCGCUUUCUGUGGCCAGAUAGUAGUUUUCCUUGAACGCAUUUACUCCCCAACCCCGCCAUUCUCUUCCAGCUUCCCCCUUACUAACCAUUUCCUGUUUCUCUCUCUUUCUCUCUCUCUUUUCCUUAAGGGAGUCCUGCUGCUUUCUGUUCCCUUUCCAUGCAGCUGUGCUCUCUUCUGUCUCCAACUGUUUGUCUCGGAGAGCCAUGUCCAAGUCUUGUAAACACUGGUGGGAUUCUGAUGUCUUUUCUUGCUCCACGUUCAGCAUUCAUGGCUAACAGGUUAGUUCAUCGUAGACAAUGGUAAAUGGAAGCGGGGUGGGGGAGAUAAUCUGGAUUUAACCACUUAGGAAAUACGCUACAAAGUUUUAGUGCAGCCCCCCCCGCCUUCUUUUUUCUUCCUGUGUGCAAGGAUAGGUUUUUGGCAACUGCCAACGCUUGCUACCUUACCAACACAGCCUGACAGAAAGCCUUGGCUUCAACCCACAGCAAGCAAACACAUCAGAACAACGCAACUCAGCCAGGCUUUCUCCUGCUUUCUCAAUACCGGACACAAAGGCAAGCGCUGGACAGUUUCUAAAGCUGUGCAGGGGGGCAGGCAGUUUGAAUAUAAUGUCUUUGUGCGCAUGCAAAUGGAGUCUUUUUGGAUGGCAGGCACCACCUGAGCCAAUGGAGGUUCCAUCUGCCUUCACAAGUAUAUAAAAAUUCCAGCUAGAGCCAAGACUGCUCAUGGAUGGUGGUGGUUUUUGCAAAGAAUUUCAUUUGAAAAACACCCCUCAAAAGCCCAUAACCCUUGAAAAGAUUUUCAGCACUCCUUUUUUUUUAGGUUCAUUUGUGAAACCCUCCACUUUCUCCGCCUAUUUUUUUUAAUUGAUUUUUGAAAAUAUGAUCAGAUGAACCAUAUAUUCUCCUGCCUUUCUUCACCCCCACCUUUCAGUGUGGCUCACAGUGAGAAGACGAGGGAAGGGGGCGAUCAUUAUGUGUAUCUAUUUGACCUAGCUCUGUAUUGUGAUGCUAUGGCUCCGGCGCCAGGCUUGUAUUGUUUUUAAUCUCAAGUGCCUUCACUUGCCCUCAGUGACAUCUUUAUAUAGCUCAAUCUGAUUGGUUACGUAGAUUGUGACAUUUUCCUCAUUCACUGUGUGAUCCCUGGUGGGCUAGAAUCACCCGGGAAGGAGGAAGAACCACAGAAUAUACGAUAUAAAAGUUUUGAGAGAAAAUGUCUACACAGCUAGUACUGCAAGGUGAAAACUCGAAAUCAAAACUGGGAAAUAUUCGUUGCAGUUCCAUCCUCAAGCAUCAUCGUGGAUUUCUCGCUCGUUUAUACUCAGGGACUCGGCCUGGAACUUGGUGAAACCAGGACUUUCUUUGCAGCUUCCAGUCAGCUGCAACUUCCUCGCAAGCUCCAUUGAAUUGAAUGGGAGUUUGCACAAGAACUCACUACAGCUCUUGUGCAGCUCCUGUUUGGCUGCUAACCCCAAUGGCUAUGUUCUGCCUCAAUAAUAAUAAUAAUAAUAAUAAUAAUAUAUUUAUACAUACCCUGCCCAUCUGGCUGGGUUUCCCCAGCCACUCUGGGCGGCUUCCAACAAAAGAUUAAAAUUACAUUAAAACUGUAAGGGGCACUAUGGUUCUGAUAGUAGUUGCUGGAAACCACAACAGGGAAAGAGUGUUGUUGCACUCAGGUCUUGUUUGCAGGCUUCUCAUAGCCAUCUGACUGACCACCGUAAGAACAGGCUACUGGGCUUGAUCCAGUAGACACUUGCAUUCUUACUUCUUGAUCCAGAAGACACUUGCAUUCUUACUUCUUUCAGUGGGGCUUGGGAAUAAUUUGCUUAAUAAGCCCAAUAUACACGAGCCUUUUCCUGAUCAUGCAGCCCUCCCCACCCCACCCCUUCUUCUCACCAGCCCUGGACAAAUUGCCAGAGUUUUCAGUUAACCAUAGUUUUCCUGUUUGGACCAAACAGGCCACUGUGGUUUAGGCUUCAGAACGAGUCAGGAUUUUAAACCAUGGUUUGAAGUUAGGUGAUGAUCUGGGCUUGUUUCCAAAACCUGGUAACCUCUAUGGUUUAUUGAAGACUUCUGCAUUUCAUUCUGGCACACAUGACUGAAUGCAGCCAGUCUCUCACCAACUAAGGCAGAGAUGAAGAACCUGUAGCUGCCCAAAUGUUGUUGGACUGCAACUUCUAUCAUCCCUGACCAUUUGCUAUCCUGGCUGGGGCUGAUGGGAGUUGGAGUUUAAGAAGAUCUGGAGGGCUCCAGGUCCCUCAUUGUUACAGUUUUAAAAAAAUAUUAGAGAGAAGCCCUCGUCUAAAAGUUGCUAAAUGUGAUUGGUAUUUUAAAUAAAUUUUCACUGUAUUUCUACAGAAGGGAUGCAGGCAAUUUGAAAAAAAAAUGUUAUAUGGUCUCCCAGAAGAAUAUUUUUAGUAGUGACUGUCGAAUAUGUGUUUCAGCUUUGAAAAUGGCAUUUUAAACUUCUGUUAUCAAUAAAGUAACUCUUUGUUCAUUCCUGUGUUUAUAGGAAAUCUUCAAAAGAAAGUUGUUUUGCUGAUGUCUAAAUCAUGUGGUAGAAAGUGUAGGAGAUAUGUGGUUUGAGCUAGCUUGCUUAAUCCUUUGAAACUCAUCACAAUUAUUUAUGGUAUCCAGAACAUAACUAAUUUUAAAAAUGUGACCUCCCUACUGAAUAACAACCAAGAUACAUAAUGGGUGCAUUGAUACGUGCACACAACCAAAUACAUUGAUAUUAUAUGUUUGGGGGUUUUUCCUACAUUCCAUUAUUUGCAAUUUAUUUUACAGUUUUUCAUUCUCGGCGGUAUGUUGUCUCAGACAGAAGGAUCCAUGCCUGAAAACACUUGAGAAAAACAUACAACGAUACAGGCUUUGUGCUUGAACCUUUUAGGGAGUCUGAUUACACUCAUCUAAUAGUUCAGGUUUUGGUAAACUGAGAUCGGGGUAGCCAAGGUUGUGGGUUCCAGAUGUGGCUGGACUGCAGCACCCUUCAUCCAUGACCAUUGGCUGAUGGGAGUUGCAGUUUGACAACAUCUGGAGGGCACCAUGUUGGCUUUCCAUGGUGUAGACUGAUAAGACACUCGGCCAUUUUUAAAGUUCUAAUAAAUUUGUGGGCUACACUAGAACUCUGCAGAUCACGUUUUCUUUUUCAAAAGUGAUGAGCUCAAGUCAAUAUAUGUAAUCCUGCCCUUCCUCUGAGCUCCCUCUCUGGCUCUCUGUCACCAAACCUACAAAGGUCCUUUGUCUCCACACUUCUUGCCAAUGGUACACAGUUCUCCUGUCCCUUGGUCUUGCCUGUGUUGUGUCUGCCCUCCCCCACCACCAGUCCCCAUGCUCCACUUUCCCCAUUUCCAACUCUUUCUUUAAUACGCUUCUCUGUUCUGUUUGGAAUUCCCUUUUUGUUAUUCACUUCUCACCCUUCUUCCUACCCGUUGGCCCUUAUUUUGACCGCUCUGGCUCUAGGAUCCUUGUCCACCCAGCAUCCCCACCUACUUUGGAAUAAAUAUUUAUAGGCUCAGGCUGCUGGGGUUUGUUGCUGUGCUUGGUUUUGGUUGUUGGUUAUUGUUGUUUUUGUACUUUUGGCAUUAUGAGGAAUCAGAUGCUGCAGCUAUGAAUGAAGUAAUGACUUCCUACCGGGAGACCAUCCAUUGUGGUUUCCUGGCACGGAAGCACAAUCCAAAGGGACACUUGAUUACUGCUAGAUGUUCCACUGCUAAUUUAGACGAGUUUCAGUGUUUCAUUUAUAAUGGGAGUAAGUGUGUGCUCUUUUCAGGCUGAAGGACGUUUCCCAAGCGAAAUAACCGCACUAAAAGCAGAUCGGCAGCAAAUUUUCUAAAAUGCAGCUUAUGGAAACUUCACUUAAUUUGUGGCCAGUAGGAAAAAGAAAAACUUAAAAGGCUUGCUAACCUUUAGUGGCAUUCAGUCAGUAUGUUCAGUGCAUUUUGCCAGUUAUCUAUACCUAAUUGGCAUGGAAAAUUGAACUCAUGACUCCUUGUAGGAAAACGCACACAUGGGUGUGUGUUUUUCACCCUGCUCUGUGGGUUACAGGAGAAUCUCCACUAUUUCAGUUGGUUAAAGGCUUUCCCUUGGAAGAAGCCGAGGUCAAGCAUUCUGUUCCCUGUGCUUUCAUAUCUGCGGUCAAAGUGGUGAUUUGUAUUGUCUUCAUUCACAGUAUGCGGUCGUGGAUUAAUUACAUAUUGGCGCCUGCCUGGUGGAGUGAAUUCCCAUCACCCCUGAAGCCAAUGUUUGCACUAAUUUAAGAUGAGUUUUUUUAAAUGGGUGGGAGGGCCAAGUAUAAGAAGCCAGUUAGUGCAGAAUUUGGCCCUGCAGUACAAGCCUUGGCAAGGGGUUCUUGGCAAGGAAUCCUUCCUUUUCUCAGCUUUGGUAGGAGCUGCUUCAGCAUUAGUAAGAAGAGCCAAACAAGACUAUUAUUAUAACAUAUUGGGAAUUUUUGAAUUGGGCAAGGUUACUGUUAGUGAUGGGGAAGAACUGAGGGGUGCCCUACGGUUUGAGGGAAAGGCAUGGAUUUGAUUUUUUUUAAUGGAGGGGAGGAUGGGGACCGAACUGCACUUGUUAUUCAUGUGUGUGGUUUUUUUUCCUUUUCUUUUUAACCACUGCUUGCAACCCUGGAUUGUUGGGUGUGCUUAAACCACAGUUUCCUAGUUUGGGUGCUAUGGCAAACUGUGGUUUAACAAAUCAGGAAGUAUUCAGCAAAGUCAGAUCCUUGGGAUAAACACAAGCACUUGUUCAUUCCUGGUCAUGGCUUGUUGGGCUGGGAAUGUGAUGUUUAAACCAAACUAUUGGCACAGGUGCUUUUGGAGGCAAUCUCCCUUGGGAGGAAGAGCUCACUUAGGUCUUCAACCAGUGAAUCUACAUCCACAUGUGGAUCAGGAAGAUACGCCAAGUGAUUCUUGACCAAGUUGUUACUGCCAUGUUGGAUUUCAGCUACAGCUGGCUAGACCAAAAUACGCAAUGGGCAUGCUUUUCUAAUUAGACUCUCAGCUUAUCAAUUUCCACAAGUGCUGCAAUAUGGCAGGAGAAAAACAUGAGCCAUUCUAAGCCCAUGAUUCUGUAUUUCAGGCUGUGUGUAUUACGUAUUGGGCAAAGAGCAUUCAGCAUCCUAAGAUUCUUAGUUUUCCAUUUAAAAACAUGAAGUUGCUAAGCCUGGGGUAACCCAACAUGAUGCUCUUCUGAAGUUGUUGGAAUACAAGUCCCAUCAUCCCCGACCAUUGCCCGUGUUGGCUAGGGCUGAUGGAAGUUGGAGUCCCAACCACAUCUGGUGUGCACUAAUGUUUGCUUAACCCCACACUAAGCUGUAUGACUGCAAAAGUGUGCUUGAAUGUUUGUGGGAGUGUUCCUACAGGUUUCAUUGGAGUGAGAAUUCAGUGUUCUGCAUAAAGUCCCUCCCCCAUCUUAGAAGAACCAGAGUAAAUAUGCUUAAUACCUUUCAGUGUAUAUGUAGACCUUCAUUCUAGUACCCUUUCAAAUGGGGUGGUUGGCUCACAGGCCAUAGGACCCCGCUUUUCUUGAUAGUUCGUUCCCAUGGUACAAGUUCUUUUUGCUACCCUGUGGGAGGAUGAGCAGGAUAUACAUUCCAACAAUAAAGUCCCCUUGGUGUAGAUGCUCUAAUUUUAACACGCGUAACCCUGCCUAUAGCCUAUAGCUAUCUCACUGAAGGAAUAGCAGCAAUCCCUUUGGGAAUGCAAGACCCAGAGGACGUUUCAGAGGAUCCCAAUAUGUUCAUGUAGCCGUAAAUAUUAACUAGUGAAAGUGUUGCUUGGGGAUUCUAAGAAGAAGGAGGAAAAAAUCAAGGUAGUUCUGAAACCAGUCAUUAAAAUUACUGCAGUUUUAGAAAGUUCAAGAUGCUGUCUUGAUUCAAAAUGGCACCCACUUGUAUCCAAAUAUAGUCAGAUACCUGCUUCUUGAUCUCAGCAUCCAUCAUGCAAAUGAAUCAGGACAAUGGGACCAUGUAGUCCAGCAUUCUGCUCUUGGAGUGGCCAACCAGAGGCCUUUGGGAAACCUGCAAGCAGGACCUGAAAACAAGGGUAUUCUCCCCUCCUGUCGUUUCCAGCAACUGGUAUAUCUUAAGGAUCCAAAUGCUCAUAGAACAGACUAAGAAAAGAAACAGUUUUCCAAAGUAUAUAGUGUUUGUUUGUUUGUUUGUUUGUUUGUUUUUGUUCCUAUAUGAAUGACAGUGCUUAGAGAGCAUUUCCUUUCAUUUAGCUCUGGAAAAGGAACAUUGUUAAUUGGAGCAAGCCCAGAAGCAUUAUAAUUUCUCCCAAGGAAUUUUAUGACAUCCUCUGCUGGCAUCUCUCAGGCCUUGUUAUUUAAAAUAGAUCAGAUGGGGACCCCGCCUUGCAAGGCAUAAGCCGGAAAGAGCCUAUUCAGUCUAGUUCAAGAAUGUGGCAGUAGCAAGGAGGCAUAUUUCAGCACGACAUAUUCAAUUCCAUGUUCUUUCAUGUGCCUCAUCCAUAAGUGGUUCUUGUGAUUAAACACUGAGCUAGUUUGAGUUGGGAUAGCAGAGCCUUCAGAUGUCCAGGAAUGGAAAGAGACCUUGAACAUUGUGGUCAGAAGGCAGAGGGCCUCAUGCUUUCAGAGAACAAAUGCACUUUGUAGUAUUCAUGUCUGCAUCUGCUGACUGUCCCCAUGGUUCUGGUUCCAUUAUUCUGGAGUUUAGGUCUCCUCUCCAGUCCAUGGCCCAUUCUUCACAAACCUAGAUCUCAAGCAUUACUUGCUCCUUGAACCCCGGCAUUUGCAACUGUCCCAGGCUAUGGUCUGAAGCUAAGCAGAUGUGGGUCUGGCCAACACCUUGAUGGGGUAUCAUCUGGGAACCACAGAAACACUGCUUUGGGUUGUAUGACAAAAGGAUGUAGGGCAGGAUAUACCGUAUUUUUUGCUCUAUAAGACUCACUUUUUCUCUCCUAAAAAGUAAGGGGAAAUGUGUGUGUGUCUUAUGGAGCGAAUGCAGGCUGCGCAGCUAUCCCAGAAGCCAGGAACAGCAAAAGGGAUCGCUGCUUUCGCUGCGCAGUGAUCCCUCUUGCUGUUCUGGCUUCUGGGAUUCAGAAUAUUUUUUUUUCUUAUUUUCCUUCCCCAAAAACUAGGUGCGUCUUAUGGUCUGGUGCGUCUUAUAGAGCGAAAAAUACGGUAAAUGUAAAAUUGCUAACUUGCAGUAUCAGCUUGUUCUUAGUACCAACAUUUCUAUUGAAAAGAUGCAAUUACAUAUUUAUUGAUUCAGUGGGUAUGUGGAUGAUGCAUGGCCUAUAUGAUGCUGCACCUCCUCCACCUGUCCAGUUGACCUGUGGUAAACUAGACGGUCGUUCUGCUCAGGUAUCUUAAUUGCUGUCCACCACGAUUCGUCAUUCCCCUGAGACGGUUUAGGUCAGGAUUAGAUUCAGUACCUGACCCCACUUCAGUCCUCGAAUGGUUCCAGUUCCUGAAUUCCUCAAGUAGGAUGUUUGUUUAUUUCCAAACUCACCCAAGGCUCAUUCAUAUCUGUAUAUUCAUAAGUGGUGAUAAUUAAAUGCCUUAUUCAGGGGCAGCAGGCCACUGAAUACCAGUUUCUGUGUUAGAAAGCUUUUGCCUGCAGGCCCUGUUUUUGUGGACUUCCCAGAGACACCUGCUUGGCUCCUGUUAGAAGCUUGAUUCAACAGAGCUGUUCUUACGAUUUCUAAAAGAAUUGCUGUAUUUAUAAGGAACCUUAGAGUUAGCAUUUUCAAUAACAAAACAAAACAAAAAAAAAUUGCCAUGCAUCUUAUGUAACAUUAGCAGUACAGUUCUCUACAUUUCUCCUCAGAAGCUGCAGUCAUUUACAUGCUUACCUGGGAUUAAGCCUCGCUGGUCUCAUUGAGACUUAUUUUUGAGUAAAUAUGCAUAGAAUUGCACUUUAAAAUGUAGGUUUGUGUCUCUGCAAAGGGGCUUUGAGGUCAAGCUGAAAGUGGUGAUACUGUUGGUGGGUGGGUGUGACAGAAUAUAACUGUGUGCUUACUUUGUUUUUCCACUAGCUUCCCCCCCCCCUUUUUUUUUCUUUUUUGCCUCAAGAAGUUAUUUGUGGGAUUAAAAUAACCCCCAUCUGUUGUCUGCAGUAUAUGAAUUUCCGGAAAGGGGAAGCCAUGAACUUAAUGAUUUUAGUCUUCCAGCAAAAUAAUUUCAAGUAUGCAGAGUGUGAAUUUUAAACAAUAUAUAUUCAUUUUCAUUAGUACACAAUUCUCCUACUAUUCUCUACAGAUGCUUCUGUUCCUAUGUGGGGAGGGGGGAGCACAUUCACAACAGGAACUAUGGUACCUUCUGCUUUCUGCUGUGACAGAAGUAUUCCCUGCUCUUAAAAAAAAGUGAUGCCUUGACAAUCGCCCAGAUUUUCAUGUUUGUUAAUGGAUGUUUAUCCUGGAGGGAAACCUGCUAUCCAUUUGCCCUGGGAGGCAAAUGGUCUGUAUCUGAAUAUUUGCCCUAUCCUGUAGGUUGGGGGUGAGGAACUUCGGGCCCAGAGACUAAAUGUGGCCCUCCAAGCCUCUCUGUACGGUCCUCAGAACUCUUCCCAGGUCAUGCUCCCAAGGCCACGCCCUUCACCAGCAUUGUUCUGCACCUUCUUCCAGUUGCAUGGCGUGCGUCCUUGAACUGCGAUCGUACCUCUUGCUUGCAAGGCCAGACAGUGACAUGAGUCUGGUGACACCCCCACCUCUGCUGUGCAGCCCAAAGAAGAUCACACUUGGGCUGAAGAAGUUUCUCCAACCCUGUGGCACUCCAGCUGUUGAUGAGUUGCCAUCGCCUCUGACCACUGGCCAUGUUGGCAGGGCUGAUGGGAGUCAGAGUCCAACAACUUCUGAAGGGCUGCAGGUUUCCUACUCCUGCCUUAGGCACACCUUGUGCUAAAUAAUAAUAAUAAUAAUAAUAAUACUACCUCUGGGCGGCUUCCAACAGAAUAUUAAAAUACAACAUUAAACAUUAAAAGCUUCCCUAAACAGGCUGCCUUCAGAUGUCUUCUACAAGUCUGGUAGUUGUUUUUCUCUUUGACAUCUGGUGGGAGGGCGUUCCACAGGGCGGGUGCCACUACUGAGAAGGCCCUCUGCCUGGUUCCCUGUAACUUGGCUUCUUGCAGCGAGGGAACCGCCAGAAGGCCCUCGGCACUGGACCUCAGUGUUACUGUCCAACCUCUUAUGCCGUCGUGAACAUCAUUUUGCACAAACCUCCCUGAGCUAACAGGAGAAAAAACAACUGAUCUGGCCAACGCAUAGCAAUAGGAGCACAUUAUACUUCAAAAAUAGAGCUGUCAUCAAGUGGAAAGGCAUGUUCAGCUGCACAUUAAGAAGCGGGGGCUCUCUCUCAAUCCCCCCCCCAAUCGAGACAGAUGUUUUUAUUGGUAGACAUCUGAGAAAACUGUACUUUUCAGGGAGUUCGGAUUUAUCAGAUGUGCAUGGUUCACGGCACAGGGUUACUGAGCUGCUCUAUCUGGCAGAUAAUCCUGCUCAUCCUCCUUUUCAUUCAUGUAAUUAAAUUUGGAGGUUAAAUCUUCCCUGCUAGUGGUUGAACAGCAUUAAAAAACUGUCUUUCUUCUGUCUCCUUCCCCACCCUGGCUGAAACUGCUCACGCAGUGACGCCAUUGGGUGGAAGGUUAAUCUACAGCAGAGUGGAGAAACACAAUAUAUCACAUUGUUUCUGUGCUCUGAAAGAACUCAUCAUUAGAAAACAUCUCACUGUGUUGCAGUUGCACUGGCCCAGUCGCCUUGUGCAGCGUUAUGGGCUGCCAUCUGCAAGCGCCAUUCAGCUGUAGUCACCCAGAAUCAAGGAUGGAAAUAAUUUCUGCUUGCGAUUGAAAAGCCGCACAAGAUCAGCCAGGCCUUCGUUCUGCAAAUCUGCUAUUAACACUCUUUCCAUCUAUGCAUAGAUGGGCAGCAAGUUGGACUGGCACUGGGAUGAGCAUUUUGAUAAGAGUGCAAUAUUAGCCGAUAGAGUAGAUUGGCACCUGCGGUACUGCUGUUGUUGUUGUUACUACUACUGUUAGAUUUAAUUAAUCACAUUUUUUUGCUGUGACUUACACUGCAAAAAUAAAAAUCAGAUAUAAAGGACAGGAAACAAAAACAGGGUCACCCUAACCUAUAAUUUGGCUAUUUCAAGGCUGAGCAGAACCAAGUGUGCAUAGUUAUUUGUGCUCUCCCUGCUCUGGGGUCCACCCCAGCCCUUAUGACAGUUGUUUGUAACACUUGCCAAUAUAAAGGAGAAGCUUCACAUCUUUAGCGGAGGGCGGUUUUACUGAAAAGAAACUUCUUGCUGUACCACAGCUUCUAUUUCCCCUCCAUGCAUUGUUUGAGUGCAUUAUGCACUUUGAAACAUUCAUUUUAAAGACCCACGCUUGCAGUUUCUCCCCCUUAGACAAUCUUCCGCGCUUAACCAGAACAAUUAAAAAACUCAACUCACUUAGCUAUUGAUAACUUAACUUUGGAGGCUAUCAUGAAAUCAGCAACACAAACCAAAUUGAAAUGCACCCUGCUGCUGCUUGAUUCCUUUAUUUAUUUCAAGUGUUGAAGAACAGAUAAGGCCAUCAAAUGUCACAGCUCAGACAAAACAGCUCUGGAGUUCUGUUAAAAUUAGGAUGCCACCAGGGCAUUCUGGGAGCUGCACUUUCAUUGUUGUGUUCUCAGUCGUCCAACAAAAAAAUUCCAGGGGAAAAAAGGGCUGCAUCCUUUACAAACACCUAUUAAUCAUGGCACAUUGUCCAUUACGCCAGAUCUUUUCUUGGGGUCUGGUUCAAGGGAAGGAGAUUUCCUGUUACAAGCAUGAUGAGUAUACAAAUUCCAUUUUCAUGAAACGUUUCAUCCGGAAUUUGCUGCUAAUGCUUCCCAACAUGCUAAAAAUAAAGGAAGGUGUGUACACGCUUAGGGACACUUAAGACCUUUCUGCAAGGAGCAACCAUAAGUCUGGGCACAUUGUUGUCAUUCUUCCAGCAUUGACUGGAGGCUAAUAUGUGAGUCACAACUAGUGGUGCUGGAGAAAUUCAUUUGGUCCAUGCUUUUAAGCAAACUAACCUAACACGUGCUCUUCAGCAGAAUACAGUCGUACCUUGGAAGUCAAACGGAAUCCGUUCCGGAAGUCCGUUCAACUUCCAAAAUGUUUGGAAACCAAAGCACAGCUUCUGAUUGGCUGCAUGAAGCUCUUGCAGCCAAUCAGAAGCCGUAGAAGCACCAUAUGACGUUCGGGUUCCAAAGAAUGUUCGCAAGCUGGAACAGUCACUUCCCAGGUUUGUGGCGUUUUGGAACCAAAACAUCCGAGUACCAAGGCGCUCGGGGUCCAAGGUACAACUGUAUGUGGAGCGGACACAGUUGUCCUUUGGAUUGUGCAAACAAGCUUUUAAUACAAUCAAAAACCAAAAAACAACAACCCUAGGUUUAAAAAAUAUAAUUAAAGACGAGCAAAAUAGGAUCACAACAACAGUAACUUAGCCCGAACCAAUUUUUAAUGGUGAAAAUGUUAAAAGGCUUUCCAGCUUGCCUUUUAAAGGGAGGGGGCCAAUCAAAUCUCUCUAGGGAGAGAGUUUCAUGACAUGGGUGCAGCAGCUGAGAAGGCCCUGCCCCAUGUCCCAUCCAGCCACAACUCUGAAGGCAAGAAGGCAGUUCUGAAUACAAUGGAUGGGGAAAUUCACAAGGAAAGAAGGAGAUGGCCUUCUUCUAAUUUAGGCCUUGUCCAAGAGUGUCUCUGCCAGCUUCUGUGCUUUGGACUGAUUGUGAUGCAGUUAAGAUGAAUAAAAGCUGGUCUAUAAAAAUCUAUAUUGUUGACACAUCCCAAACCUGAUGUACUUUAAAAACACACACACACACACACACACACACACUUUUUUGCACUUUCUAGGAGCACCAUAUCAACAGGUUUCUUCUGAGGGAGGAAGGGGGUGAGUAUAACAGCUCAGAUGAUAGGCAACUAGGGAUGUAGUAAAGGGCCCGUCCAUAGUUUUAACGAGGCGGAGUGCUGGAAAUUUAUUGCAGCCGCAUUUGUGCCAUUAUUAAGUUAGCCUUUGUUCUGCCAGAACAGUUUUUAAAAGAUUCCAUUUUCUGCUCAGCUACUGCAAGCCGGCAGAUGUGUGCUGCUUUGUGCAACUUUCACAUCGGCAGCCCUGUUUGUGGGACUCCUCUCUUUCCUGAGACCACCCAAUUCAUUGCACAUGUAGCUUCAGAUGGAUUCAAGAUCCCUCUGGCCUCCAGAAAAGAAAAGGAAGACUGUAAUAAUAGACUAACCCACCCAGUUCAAAAGACAUGAUCUAAUACUGGAAGAAUUGGCAACCUAAAAGUCGCUGCUGUUAUGGAAGCUUUGAGAAGGUGGCUCAAGAAACGUAUUAUGCUGGGAAUUUCUCUCUACGGUACUUAAAGGAGCAUAUACAGAAAGCUUUAAACAUUGCUUUUGGGGUUUGUUCUUCGAAAUUCCAUUUUUCUGGGACGUUUAUAAAGUACAGGAUAAGGGGAUAAGGCUGCAAUCCAGCUUCUGGUGAUGUUUCUCAUGAUUGCAGCUGGAGAGGCAGUGCAUUUAUUCCUGCCACAGGUCUCUGCCAUGGAUGCAUUCUUGCAGAAUACAGUCGUACCUUGGAAGUCAAACGGAAUCCGUUCCGGAAGUCUGUUCGACUUCCAAAACCUUUGGAAACCAACGCGCGGCUUCUGAUUGGCUAUAGGAAGCUUCUGCAACCAAUCAGAAGCCAUGGAAUCCCCAUCGGACGUUCGGGUUCCAAAAAUAAUUCACAAACCGGAACAGUCACUUCUGGGUUUGUGAUGUUUGGGAGCCAAAACAUUCUACUAGCAAGUGUUUGACUUCCAAAGUACGACUGUAUCUGUGAGGCCUCAGCUAAGUUCACAGACAGGCUGCAGUUGGGGAUCCCAGGCAGGCCGGCUUAAGAUUCAAAGGCAGAGGGUGUGGUCUAUGAUGGAUCAGGCUGUAGAGCACAAAGGCAUGGAAAAUGAGAGGGAUGGAGCAAGUCCACUUAGCAGCAUCUGCCAAGGACCAACUGAGCACAUGACUUGGGAUAUUGCUGUUUUAUUAAGUCUUGUAGGGUCUUGAUUGGUUUGAAGGGUCAACGGACAAUAUCCAUGCGGGUAUUGAAAUCUAGAGGAUAUAACUGAGCCACAGAGUUUAAUUUGCUGAUGAACCAGAGUGUUGAUGAUAUAGAUGAUAAGGCACAGGAGACUGGCUGCUGUAAACUUGGAUUGAAGCCCACUAAAUAUUCCUAGCCAGCUUGCUGUGGUGGCUACAUUUGCAUGAUGAAAUGUCAGUUGAGUAAGCCAAGACAUGCACGAGCUUCACAGCCACUUUGUUUAUGUAAGCCAGGAAGCUACAGGUAACCAUAGCUUCCUUUGAUGUCUGAAUCAGGAAACCAAGGUUAACAGAUAAAAUAUAGCUUCCAGAUCCUGGCUUCUUUGGAAGCUAUUUACCCUAGUUGCCAGUUCAGACGUAAUGGGAAGCUGAAGUAGCUUAAGCUUCCUGGUUCGUAUACUUGCUUGUGCAAAGGGAGCAUGUAGGUUGUGCGUAUCACAGUUUAUAAGCCAGGAUUUGAUGGUGCGAAUGCAUCCACCAUCUUCAGAGGGAAGCCUGAAGUCAUCCACGGCGCCUUCAGAUAUUUCUGAGUUCUGGCAACGUCAGAGAGCAUAGAUGAAGGUUUGCUCAGAUAAAGAUUAAGGUGCUCUUGAUGCCUUUCCCGCCUCCCCAUCGCCUGGGUUCCACUCAUCUUCAUAGGUCAGCCAUUGUUAGAUGUCUGCCCUCUAUAAAGUUUUCAGAACAGAUUUAAAAGAUGUUUCCUGAUGGCAAUUUCUUCAAUUUGUCACGGGGAACUGUGAUGAAUUGUGGAGCAAAAUACUGUGAAGUGGCUUGAAAGCAGUACUUAAUGAUUCAUGGCAAUAUGUUCAAUUUAACUGGAAUACAAAAUUGGUGAUAAAAACUGCUUUUUUUCAAUAUCAUCUUUAAAGCUCUGAAAAAGCAUGGGAAUGAACCGUCUAGCUCAGAAGGAAGCCAGCAUGGUGCUCUCCCAAUCAGCGUUGGACUAUUGUUUAUGCUGAUGGGAGCUAGAGUCCAGGAACAUCAGGGAGGCAGUAAAUUGAAUCUCCCUCGCUGAUUAGAAGACAGUUGUGAGUCCAAGUUGACCUUUAAAUAUGAUGGAAUAAAAUCCCAAUUUUAGGUUGCUAAACUUUUUAUUUAUUGUAUUUUUAGCCCUCCAAGGCAGUUACAUAACACAAUAUAAAAUGCAUUUGAAAUCACCAAACAACAUCCAUACAGUGCCUGGAAGAUGAAAAUGCGGUUCAUUUAACUAUCACUGAUGUUAAGAUGACUAACUUUAUUGUAUCUGUGUAAUCUAUCCAAGGGCUUUUUAGUUUCUACUGAGAUUGUUUUAUUUUUGUUUAUAAAUUUAAUAAAUUUUGUUUGUAUUUGUUGCAUCAGUAACAAUAAAAAUGGGGGAGGCUCGGCAAAAAAAUAUUGAAACUGAGUUAAAGCACAAGCAGAAAUAGUUCAAAAACAUAGCAUAAGACAACUGUAAACGAAAUUAGCAGUUUCAAAUUUAAAACAUUUAAGGAAAAACCAAUUUGGAACACUUUAAGGUAUGCUUAAAGCUUUGCAUAGAAGAGGCGUGGCUCAGUUCACUGGGGAGGGAAUUUUUUAACCAGUGGGUCACCACUGAAAAGGCCCUUCAAGAGGGGGGGAAAUAUUAAUAUAGAGAGUGGAAUUCAGUGUUGCUACUUUUGAUCCAGUGGAGGUGCCCACUAACAUGUGAGAAAGGGAGACAUUCCCCACCCACACCCCCAAUUCACGCUGUAGCCCUCUCAGCUCCAUGAAAAUCUGCUCCAGAGGGUUGGGGGCUUCAGGGGAGAGAGGGAAUUGCUGAAAAUUACCUCUUUCUCUUAUUCAUAUGCCUCCACUGGAUUACAGUCAUACCUUGGGUUGAAUGCGCUUCAGGUUGAGUGUGUUCGAGUUGCGCUCUGUGGCAACCCGGAAGUAAUGGAGCAUGUUACUUCCGGGUUUCGCCGCUUGCGCAGACGCAGACGCUCAAAAUGACGUCACACGCAUGCGCAGAAGCAGCAAAAAGCGACGCGUGCGUGCGCAGACGUGCCGUCGCUAGUUACGUUUGCUUCUAGAUGUGAAUGGGGCUCCGGAACGGAUCCCGUUCGUAUCUAGAGGUACCACUGUAUAAGACAAGCAGAACAGCAACAUUGGAUUUUACCCAUUGAAAUCACACAAGAAAAGAGUAUCAAGCAGCGCUGAUGGACUUAAGGAUGAUAUGCAAGAACAUAUUAAAGCUACUCAUAUAAUGUCACUUAUGAAAGGCAGCUAAUGCAAUACAUAGGCAUUUGCUUUGAUUUCAUUUGCACAUCUGUUCCUUCUAUUGUGGCAAAAUAUUCUUCUGCUUUGGCAGGAAUUGCAAAUAUGGUCACAAGAAUUACAUAGCAGUUUCCCCAGUAGCUGCCAGUUCACAGCUAUACAAUCCUUAACUUCUCUUAUUGGAUAGUAUAAUCCUGCGCUUUGAAAGACUCUUGGAUUCACUUUUGCAGUUCUUUGCCAGCAGCAGAGUUCUUGCCGCAGCCAAGAGUGUUAAAAUGCAAAGGAAGUAUACUUCAAAGUCUUUAAAAGGGAUUUUAUCAUUUUAUUUUUUUAAAGUAAACAAAAGACCCUUUGCUUGUUUGUUUAUUACAACUAUUAAUUGCUCUGUAUGUCUAGAAGAGUCUUGUUCCCAAAACAGAUGUCUUAUUGGUGGUUUUACCUGGGGGAGGGGGACACAGACUUUUUCUAGUAUGGAAACAUUAGAGAAAACUCACAUCUUUUUCUGCAGCAGUAAGAUGUUCUGUUUUCCUCACCCUUCUUAUUCAUUUCAGUUAUUGUCCUCUGUUCAAUAAAACUUCUAGGGUGAUUUACAUAAUACAGUAAUCAAUAUUCCGAUAGUAACUUGAAAACUACCCCCCCCCAAAAAAGUUUCCCUGAGAUUAGACCAUCCACUACAGUCAUAGUAUUUAGGUGCCUCCUUUAAAAAAAAAAAAAAAGUAUUUUGCCAGGCAUUUGGUGAUUAAUUGCACACUGCUACUGAGAGUAUAUUGCUGGUAUGGAUUUAUUGUAACCUUUAUUUCUAUUUCAUGGUUUUGUAUAUUUAUCUGGUCUUAAGGAUAGUUGUUGGGACGCAGGUGGCGCUGUGGGUUAAACCACAGAGCCUAGGACUUGCCGAUCAGAAGGUCAGCGGUUCGAAUCCCCGCAACGGGGUGAGCUCCCGUUGCUCUGUCCCUGCUCCUGCCAACCUAGCAGUUCAAAAGCACGUCAAAGUGCAAGUAGAUAAAUAGGUACCACUCCAGCAGGAAGGUAAACGGCAUUUCCAUGCGCUGCUCUGGUUCGUCAGAAGCAGCUUAGUCAUGCUGGCCACAUGACUCAGAAGCUGUACGCCGGCUCCCUUGGCCAAUAAAGCGAGAUGAGUGCCGCAACCCCAGAGUCGGCCGCGACUGGACCUAAUGGUCAGGGGUCCCUUUACCUUUAAGGAUAGUUGUUAGUUGCCCUGAGUGAGGUAUAGUAACAGACAAUAAAUGAAUCAGUUCUAUAGAGAUAGGUUUCACUGAGAUUGGUCUGUGGGCCCUUUUUGGGUACUAGCUCACAGUCAACUCAUUAGGGAUGAAGAUAUUUGUCAAAAUUAGAGUGCAAGUAAAAUGUGAUCUACUUUUAUUUUUCAGAAUGACCAGUCUAUGCAAGAUACACAGAUCAUAGGGGGAGAUGACUUCUCAAAGCUGGCUGGAAAGGUUUGUAAGAUUUUUAAAUAAAACGAGGCCGUUAUGACACCAGGAUCGGACUAACACCGAGAUUCAAAGAUAGUAUGAUUAGGGCAAUAACAAAACCUAGAGAGAAGCAAGAGGAGCAAGAUGCUAAUAAUUACUUGCUCCAAGAAAGGCAGGGCAAAGAGAAACAGUCACCUUGGUUUCAGCAUGACCAAGGGUGCAGAAUCACAGCUGGGUCCACAACUACUAUCAGAGCUAAAUACAUACUCUUUAGUAACUGGAUAUUAUUGACAGUGUACAUGUGAGCUACUGAUAAAUAUCCCCAAAAGGAUUCUAGCCCCGCAUCCUGGAGGAAAAUAUUGUUUUGCCUAGAUAUAAUCCUGUGUUUCAGAGGGCCAAAAAAAGACAAUAUGUGGAAUGCGUGAUUGCAUUUAAUAUGCCUGGAGGCGCCCCUCGCCUUCUAUUAACUAUAAUAGGUUAACCCUUUCCAACCAUCCUGCAGUCAUGCUAUUCUCCCCAUGAGUAAAUCUACCAUCAAUUACAGCUUUUCACCCAGCACAAAUGGCAACAUGGGAUGGGUCACUUUAGAGGAGACUACAGCAUAGGAGGGAAGGGUUAAACACCCCCCCCCAAAAAAAAUACACCAUUGUCCAUAUCCUGCUCUCCCACAGCUUCUGUUUUCAAAGUUGAAGGCAAAUUAAAUGCAAUUGUCUUGUUUUGGCCCUGAACCUUUUAAUAGCACCUUGGUUUGACAAUGGUAAAUCAUGGGAAUUGUCAAUGAUUUGAAUCUUUUUAUGUGCUGGAAGGCUGAUAAGCAAUUUAUUUUCAUUUCCCCCCAUUCUGCAUGCACAUACUGAUGUUUAAAAAAAGGGAAAAUAAAAUAUUUUUGUUCAAGGACAAGACUCUUUUAAUCCAGGCCUAGUUAUACGCUGAAUCACUUGAGGAGGAAGGAUGACUUUAUUUCAUUAGGCAGAUGGUCUGUGUGGGAAAGUGAUCAAAACAGCAAGCCUCGGGAUGAAUUUGGGCAGGAAACCACUAAAAUUAAUUUACACUGCAAGUGAAAUUACUCUUGUGUUAAUAGUAGGACUGGUAACUGAUUAAAGACUUUUAGUUAAUUAAUCAUCUGGCUUUUAACAGAUUAAUCAAUUACAUUUUAAUAAACUGUCCUAUUACCAAAAUCUCAGUGUCUUUUUCUCUUAUUGAAGGAACUGCAUGAUAACUUCAUGAUUUAUUUAACAAAAGCUAUCUACCAUCCAUUGUCGCCAGUACUGUCUAAAAUAGCAACUCAAACUGAUUUUCUUUUAUAUGUUGCCGGGUGGUAUAAGAAAUGGUUUCUGAGAAUUAUUGCGCAUUAGUAUUAUGUCAGUUGUUACAUGAUUAGUAUGUUAGUACCAGAACCAGUGUUUAGAUUUGCAGUGUUGAGUGUUAAAAGAGGCAAGGCUUCCGGGAUCUAAAAGAGAGAAUUUCAGCAGCUGUAGCUUGUUAUGCAAUCUACACCCACAGCAAUUCUCUCCAUUUGGCCCGGGGUGGCUAACCUGUGGUCUCCAGAUGUUGAUGAAUUCCCAUCAUCCUCAGCCAGUGUAGCCAGUAGUCUAGGAUUGACAUUUGGAGGGCCACAGGUGAACCACCCCCCAUUUUAUAAACCUGCUUCAUAUUUUCAUUAGCUGUGCUGGCAAACAGAGCAUAGGUUGCAAUUUCUUGCAAGGCUGAAUUAGCAGGUUCUCACCAGUCCCCCAUCACAUCUGCCUACCAGUCUUACUAAGGACAUUACGUGUGUUCCUUACAAAGAUUAUGUAAAUGUACCAGGUUUAUUAUAAAUAUCCUCGUUGUUCAACAUUGAGCAACCUUUGAAAAUCUGCCACAAACAGAACGCAGUUCAUAAACUCGACGUGUUUAUUUUCAUCCUUGCUUACAGAUGACUUGAAUAAUGCCAGCUGACAGGAUUAGAUAAAGCUUAAUAUCCUUUUUUCAGAAAACCUUUCCCUUUUCCCCCAUUUUCUAAAAAGAGGCUUUAAGCCAACUUCUGAGAUAUAUUAAGGAAUCAAAAGCUGCACGGAGCUAAAUAUUAACUACCUGUAUGGUGUUUUGUGACUGAAAGGUUAAUUUUGAAGAUCUACUUGCUACAAAGAAAAGAACCCUGCUGGGUUUUGUUGUCAGCAGUUAGCAAGAAAGCUUCGGUGUCAACAAGACUUCAAAAGUAUACUGCCAGAGUGUGGAGAAAGAGACUCCCUGGGGCAUUCCUAGUGUGCCAGUCAAAUGCCCUCAAAAAACAGUGGAUAUACAAAUCUGAAAGAUAGGGAUGGACUGCAGUUCCCAUGGUCCCUGACCACUGACCAUGCUGGGUGGCAUUGGUUGAAGUUGGAGUCCAACAACAUCCAAAAGGCCACAGGUUCCCCUCACCUGUAACUACCUGCCCAAGCUGAGGGUCAAACUACAGUUAGGUUAGUAGUAUGUUUCAGCUACCACACUUAGGAGAUAGCACAUUUUUUAACAAAAGCAUCCCCUGGGAUCUGCUUUAGUUCUUUCCUCCCAUGCCAUGUACUUGCAUUAAAUUGUCUCCCCAAUCCUGUUAUUUGUCCCUGAAGGUGUUAUUUGCUGAGUCAGCCUCCCAGCCCCUUUGUGGCUAUAUUUGAUGAAGGAAAAACAUGUCCUGUGUAGUGCACAGUCAUAGAAAACACACUUUUUAUGUGCGUAAAACUACUUGACAUGUAGAUUUAGCAUUACUAAAGUCUCAGCAAGAAACAGUCUCGGCAAGAGGAUUCCUCAGAGUGGCGGUGGGAAAGCUGUGGCCUUCCAGAUGUUGCUAGACUACAACUCCCAUCAUCCAUGACUGCUGGCCAUGCUGGCUGGGACUGAUGGGAAUUGGGAGUCCAACACCCUGUGAACCUUAGGGCAGCCACAGGGAAUUUAUAGCCCUCCAGAAAUAGUUGGACUCUUAAUUCACAACCCUAGCCAGGAAUGGGUUAGGGAUCAGAUUUGUAUCCCAACAACAUCUGGAGGGCUACAGGUUCCCCACCCCUGCCUUAGAACUCCAACUUGCAAAGCUUUUAGCUUGAGCUCCUGACCUCCUGUGCCAGAUCUGCAGCCAUCAUUUAUAUACAAUACCCCCUCCAAAGCUUAGUCAGUGACUCAAGCUAUCCUGGAUCCUAGUUCAUCCCAGCCAGUUCCUGGCCAGAUAGCCAGUUGUCUGCUUUCCCAAUAUUUGAUAUGAACCCAGGGAUUCAGACUCCUUUUGAGAAUGCAACUUAGGGAGUGUGAACCUUUAAACUAUGAAAACCACCUAUACAGUUUAGUUGUCUAGAGUGAGCCAGCAGUAAAGCUGGAGUUAACUCUUCAUUAGCAGAAACAGGAGUGUCAGGCCUAAUGAGCCCAGCAACUCAUCUCUGGUAGGUCUUGCUCGCAUGAAGCAGUUGCUGAGACUGAAGGUCUUUACAUCCCUGCAGCUGCCUAAGUGCAGCUCCUCUCCAGCAAUCUAUUGCUUUUUUCCAAGCAACCAGAGAGUGUGUCUGCAUGUCACCAACCUCACCUCUGCCCUUUUCAUGCCUCUUCUGAUUCUGGGAGACAAGCAGGGAGGGGAGCUUGUUGCAGUAGGAGAGGGAGACACCCGUGACUCUUCACCAACCUGACUCAUCUCUGCCUCUUGGCCUCUCUCCUCCCACCCUCCUGCUUCAGCUUCUGCCGCUGAUUCUGGACUGCUCUCUGCCACAGACUCUCCCAGCUCACUGAGCCCUGUUCCCUCCUCAGCUUCUGACACCUCCUCUUCCAAGUCUUCUCCCUCUGACCACUCAUUGUUCUCCCACCACUCCUCCCCGGGAUCUGAGCUUUCUUCCCUUGGUGGUUCUCCAGCUGGUUCCUCCUUCCAUUCCUCUAUGUCCAACCAGUCCAUGACAGUAGUGCCUGCAAACAUGGUUCUUAUUUGGGGAGAAAAGAGCCCAGUCUGUGCCCAAACAAAGAGCACGAGAAGGACACCAUUAGGCAUGUCAGAUUUUAGGAAGGGUCUGUAAAAAAAUAAAUAAACCUUGCUUCCCUGUGCAAUUGCCCAGGAGAGAGAAAGUUGGCAGCUUCAUCUGGCUGUUCUGAUUGCAGGGAAUCUGUUUCCUGACGGAAUUCUUUCCACGUCUUGAAAGCCCGCCUUGCCUCGCUCUGUUAUUGCCAUGCAGCUGACAACUACCUGCCUACCCUCAGCAGAUAUAAUUAGCAUUGUUACAUUUUCUGCAGCAGAUGAGAUGACUCAACACCUUCUGAAGCAGAACCAAAAAAAGAAAAAGGAAAAAAAAGGGAUGCUACUGGGAAAAGGGAGAAUCAAUUUGAGGUAUAGCCAGCAGGACCCACAUGUAUCAUCUUUCAUCAUGGAGCAUCUGCCUUCUGUUCAUCAUUAGCAGCAUGAAGGUUACUGAUCUUAUUGGAGCUGUCACAAUGGAGCUGGAUGUUCUGAUUCAGAUUUCUUUCUCUAUCUCUUUUUUAAUCCUUCUUACCAAUCUAGGCUGCAUAGACAUAUGUUCUUGAAUUAGGAGAUAAAUAUAGGGAUGGUGUGGGGGAGGGGGUUUCUUGCAAAUUGAACUCUGCCAUACCUAAGAGAGUGGCAUGAGGGGGGGAAAACCCUUAACCAGAUAUUUACUACACACCAUUAAAGCAGCGCUAGCAGGACCCUUUGCUCACAGUUGUAGAACAUACUUUAACCAUGUCUACUCUGAAGUAACUGCCAUAGAGUCCUAUAGGGCUUGCCCCAGGCAAAUGGGUGUAUAGUACUGUGCAGCAAAUCUCCUGUUCUUUUAUAUUUAUUUGAAACUGUUAUCUCCCAUCUGUGCUCGCUCAAGGCAGCUCAAAGCUCACACCAUAAAUUAGCAAGCUGAAAACAUCAAAACGCUAAGACAACAGUAAAAAAAAAAAAACACUAGCAGCAGCAAAGAUUGUUUAAAAAGAAAAAAAAAGCAGAUGCACAUAAAAACUAAUAUACCGUAUUUUUCGCCCUAUAGGACGCACUUUUUCCCCUCCAAAAAUGAAGGGGAAAUGUGUGUGCGUCCUAUGGGGCGAAUGCAGGCUUUCGCUGAAGCCUGGAGAGCGAGAGGGUCGGUGCGCACCGACCCUCUCGCUCUCCAGGCUUCAGGAACCUAUCUGCAAGCCUUGCAAGCCCGGCGGGAGUUCCCGCGGGCUCGCAAGGCUUGCGGGCAGCAGCCUGCAGCCCGAAGCAUGGGGCGCACUCCGGAGGGCGCCCCGUGCUUCGCGCAGGUGUCCGCAAGCCUUGCGAGCCCGGCGGGAGUUGCCGCCAGGCUCGCAAGGCUUGUGGAUAGCAGCCUGUUCUGGGGGCUGGGGAGGGGGGGAAUAAAUUUUUUUUAUUCAUUUCUCCCCCAAAAAACGAGGUGCGUCCUAUGGGCCGAUGCGCCCUAUAGGGCAAAAAAUACGGUACCUUACAAACCAAAAGGAAGCUUUUACUAGCUUCUGGAAGCCAUUUAAGGAGAGAGCAAAGCACACCUACUUGGGGAGAGAGGUCAGCAGCCUAGGAGCGGCCACAGAAAAGGACCUGUCACUGGUCCCGAUGAAGUGUAUUUCAGGGGGGUGCUGGGAUACAAAAGAGGGCUUCUGAAGAUGAUCUCAGAAAAAGGGUAGAAUUGUAUGGGAGUUGAAGUCAGGCCUUCAGAUAUCCCGGUCCCAAAAGAUAUUCAGUUGCCUCUCAGGUGAAGCCCAAGACAUUCUGCCACAUGAGGCCAAGGGCAAGGUGACCAUCCACACGUACAGGGAAGCCAAAGAAACAGGCAGCUGAAUUUUACUUCAAUAUUGGUGACGGGACAGAUCCACCACUGCACCUGCUAGCUUGCGGGGAAAGGUCAGUGCAGCUCUCGGAAUCUGCCCCCUGAAGCAAUUGCCCCAUUCUGCCUAAGGGUAGGAUGAGGUAGGGAACCCUCCAGAUGUUAUUGGACUGCAACUCCCAGCAGCCCAGCCAGCAUGGCCAAUUGUCAAGGAUGGCAGGAAUUGGGGUCCAGCCACUUCUGUAGGACCUGCAGGUGAUGCAGAGUAGCUCUUUGUUCCAAUGCUCCACCUACUAUUAGGAACUCCCCACCCCACUAAAACCUUUUCAGAACAGCAAUUUAUGAAGAUACGAUCAAGUGAAUUCUUCUGAUUUAUAUAACUAGCUAUAUCUGAUGUGAGUUUUGGUGUGUGUUUGACUGUAUCAUCCCACUCUGUUGAUUCAUCUGCUGACUCAUUUUCGUUUAUUAGUAGAACUGCGGUGCCAGGAUGAGCUGUGAGUGAGGAGGUGGCAUGGCUUGCACCUGGUGUCUUGAUUCAGUGAUUUAAAAAAACCAGCCACCUCCCAACACAACAUGGUGCACAGAUUUUUGUAAAAAUGAACAUGGAAUUAUCUGAAUGGCUCUGGAAUGAUUAAACAAAAUGCAUGGCUUGAACAUGAACAGCAAAAAUAAAAUGCAGAGGCAAGACAAGAAACAGUAAAGACACCCCACACAAUUGUAAAUGAAAUCCAUUUGGCAAAAACAAUUUUGGUUUUAUUCAGUAAGUUGGUUAUAUUGCUCAUUACCAGACUCAUAGUUCCAAUGCUUUAUUUUGAGCCUGGUUUUUGGUACACGGCUGAUUACACAAAAGCUAUUAAAUCUCAAACGUUAUCCAGCUAUUCACUGCCCUUUUAUCUGUGUUCCGUUUCAGACUAUUUUGCUGAUGUUCACUGAUAAGGUGCUGCUGCAUGAAACCUUAUUGGUGAUAUGCUUUCAGUGUAAUUUAAGUCAGUAUAAGGAAGAUUUAGGUGUAUGUUGCAGCUUAAAUAUUAUAUUGAUAACCUCCACAACCAUUUCCCCAAAACAUACUGCUGUCACAUCACAGAUUAAUUUAUGUAUAUAAAAUUGGCUUUGAGAGCCUAUGGUUGUACAUGUUUACAUUUGUACAUGCUAUGAUCAAUCCUGACUUAAGUUAGUCACACUUGGGUCCUACUAAAGUUUGCAGAUAGAUUUCAUUUGGAAAAGUGCAACUAACUUCGGCUGGAGCAAAGCCAGUAUAUUUUCCAUGGUGACACUCUUGAUUACUUUGUAAACAUAUAUAUAUUAAUCUUAUUGAAAGUAUAUCCUCCAUUAAAUGGUUAUGGCUGAACUGCCUGAUCUCUGGCCACAGUUUGGAUGUCAGGAACUGCAACAACUCCAGUUCCAUUUCCUUGAUAUUGUAUUAUGAAUAAGUCAGUUCUGCUCCUUCAGUGUCCUUAUAGAAAGGGAAAUAUUCUCAUUUUGCUAGCCCCCAGCUUCAACAUCACAGCCUUCUUGGAUAUAUCUUAUAGCCUCAACAACAUAGCCUUCUCAGAUAUAGGUAGGACUACCACUUUUUGCCCACCAGCACCCUGUACAUUUAACAGUUUAAUGGUAGCUAAAAAUUCAAUGAGUGCAUCUUUUCCGAGGGUAGAGAUGUCACAAUAGAAAAGAGAUUUCUGUCUAUUAUGCAAAUAUUGAGUGCUUUCGGAGGGGGGGAAAGUUGCAAUCAGUUACAUUUAACAGGCACAAAUCUAGCACAAGCAGAUUUGCUGUUCAUGAAGCAGUAUUAGAGUAACACCCCUCUAGGUAAAUGCAAAACCAUAUUUGUGAGAGUCAGAUGCUGGCACAAUUAAUACCAUAUAAUGAUUAACACAGAGAUGGUUGGUGUUCACUCUUCAUGAUUACAAAGCCUGGUCUCCUCAAGAGUUGGUUUGCAGCUACUAAGAAGGCCCUUUCUUGAGUUCCCACCAAACAUGCGUCAGAAGUUGUUGGGACAGAGAAAAGGGCCUCUGCAGAAUAAUUCAAGUUGCACUGCCCUGAACUCUCUGGUGCCUCGCCCUUCUCUCUCUUCCUCCUGGUAAGCAUCAGUGAUCCACUUUCUGGAGAACCAGCAUAACAACUGCCCACUCCCCACAAGCUGCUGCUUCUCAACAUCCAAGAAGGCUUGUAUGGAAGAAGGCAGUCCUUCAUGUUACAAGUUGCAGCCAGAGGCUUUACCCUGCACUUCUUGUUCUUGCCGUAACAAACCAUGGAUUGUUGUUAUGUCUGAAUCAGACCAUCUUCCUGUGCUCCAGCAAGGAACUGCUUGUAAGUUUGGCCAAGAGCAGGACCUUCCAGCCUCCUUCUGCAAGGUUUUCUGGCAUUUGGAGCCCAAGGAGUUCCAACAAGUGGUGCCUAAGCCUGGCCUCAGGGUGGAGUUGAGAAGAAGACUUUGGAUAUAAUUCUUUCACCAAAGUCAACAGCAGCGAUCUGCUGUAAAACCUGUUAAGGCAGGCGAGUUAAGAUUGUGUAACUUUACAGCGUGGAUGCGCCAUGUUAUUAAAUUUAUUACAGGACUACUGAAAUAGAGUUCUAGUUUAUCAACAUGGCAGAAGAAUUAUCACCAGCUGCACAUGAGCCUGUCAUUGGCUGCAGGUUGAUUUCCUGUGGAAAGAAGCUUGAAACGAAUAGAAAAUAUAUGUCUGGCCAUCUGGAAGACAGAAAACCACUUCUGAAGUAUUCACUGCUAUGUAUUAAUGCCUCUACCCUUGUGGUCCCUUCCAACUCUACAAUUUUAUGUUUCUCUUUAGAAAUAUUUCAUUAGCUAAUCCUCCCCCAUUUGCUAAUAUUGCAGUAUUAUUAUCUCAUGGCUUGAGUAUUUGCAGCUAAUUACAGGUCACAUUUCACCAUGUAAGUCACAUCAGUAGCAUGUAAACAGGUUUGGAAGGUAAUGACCUAAUUCAAAUGAUCCUAUCUCAGUUUAACGAGCCAAGAUACUGAAUUGAAUAAAGUUGUCCGUAUGAUCACAGACCCUUCUGCCUUUCUGCAGUUAAACCAGGGAGUUGUUAGCCAUUGUUUCCCAUUUUAUCCAAGACAGGAUUAUCAGGUUUAAAACAAGCUAGGAUCUAAAUAACAUCAGAAUGAACAUCUGGUUUGUUGUGGAACUGGAAACCAUAUUUUCUUGCUUGAGAUGAAGCUGUAGUUAAUUGAAGACUUCCAUAUUGCAUGAUAGAUAAGAUGAUGAUCCACCAAAAUAACCCUUGUGCUGAUGGUUCCUGACUGUUAGCGAUGGAAAGUUGGACUGUGCCAUUCCAAGGUCACAAUUUACUUUAACUGAUGCCAUACUCAGCAAGUGUGUGCUGGUUUCAUUGGGACUGUUCAUGAUGUGAGGUCCUCCUUUCCAGGGAUGUCUCAUACUACAUGGCCUUGAGAAGCUUAGGGGCUUGCACCAUUUGAAAAACGCAUUGACGAGCCAUUCUUAAACCCCCACCAGUAAUAUAGAGAUGGUAUUGCUGGCUUACAUUAUAGGGCUGUUGAAUUUGAGAUAUAGAGUGGGUCAAGCAGGGGUGGGUAACCUGCAGGCUCCAGAUGUUGGGCACCAACUCCCAUCAGCCAGCAGAGCCAUUGGUCAGGGGCAGUUGAGGUUGUCAUCCCAACAUCUGGAGAGCCACAGAAGUAAAACAAGAAGGAUUUAGAAAACUACAAAAAUUGGGAUGAAGAUGGUUCACCUAAGAUUUUGCAAUAGCAAAGACUUAACUUCCCCCACUCAUCCAAAGCAGUUCAAUAAAAGUAAUGCAUUUAAAUAUUUAUUCAAUAUUGUUUAAGUAGGAUUUGGGAGAUCUCAAGUCCACAGUAAGGUUCUGAAGACAAGUAACAAGACUAAUACAAGCCUAUUGUCAAUCAGAGUACAUCAGGAUCUUGAGGAUUUUGUAUAAUCUCUCUUCAGUUGCCCUGUUCUCAUAUCAAAUAAGAAACAAAAUUCUUCCCCAGCUGCUGUCAAGUAAGGAAAUAGUGGUCAGACCUUCAAAAGAUAGAUUUUUGGGGGGUUAGCAAACAGAUGUCAAGAAUAUUACUCUGCUCAGCAACUUAUGCCUUAGCAUUAUCUAAAUCUCGUAAUGCUAUUUUGAGUUGGCUUGCCUCUUGUCCAUUGUAAAACACUUGCAAGAUAACAGGUUCCGUUAUUAAUUGUUUAAUGUAUUGUAUUUUUGCAUUCCUGCUAUGGCCUUUGGCAAGUACAGAAAUAAAACUGAACUGUUGUAGAUGAGGCAUUUCCUUUAAGAGAGUUUAGGUGUGCAAAGAUAGAUCAGAAGUCCAGGCAUACAUACAUUACCUAAUUUUAUUUGUAUGCAACCUUUCCAUAGUUCAAGCUUGCUUACAACAUGAAAAAACGUACAUCAUUACAAGCAUAACAAAAGUAGUAAUAAGUAAUAAAUUAAACCUCAAAAAGUUCACAACCAAAUUGAACAAUUUCCACAUAAAUCAUAUUAAGAUUAAAAUAAAGGUAUCAAAAAAAUAAUAUCAAUAACAGCACCCCCUCCCCCAAUCCUCUAAACAAUUCCUCAACCCAAGAGUCUGUUCAGCAGUCUCAGCUUCUGCAGCUGGAGUCAGACAGGGCCCCACCCUCCUAAGCCAGAUGGGAAAAGCCUGCAAGGCCAGGAGCAGGUCUUCCAGGACUUACCGCCAAGAUUGCAUGAGAGAGGGGCUGAGAAGAUGAAGAGGCGAAUGGAGACUCAACAGAACAGAAAGUUCAGCAAUACUUGUGUUCUGGCAUCCUGAAAAUUAUGGAGAACUUUCCGAGGGAAGUGAAAGAUCUCAGGUGGACCUCAUUGGGAAAGGCCUGUCAGUCCAAAAAUACAAUGUGCAAGAACCUGGUAGCUUACAUUGGAGCAGGAACGUAGACAGAGUCUAGAAGAAUUUGGCGGUUCAGUGAGCAGAGCCCUGCCUAAAAGCUGUGUAUCUUCCUGCUGGCAGGGAUGAUGGACCUGUGGCCCUCCUGAUGUUGUUGAACUCCAGUUCCCAUCAGCCUCGGUCAGCAUGGCCCCAGGAAGGAUGGGAGUUGGAGUCCAACAAUACCUGGUUGGCCACAGGUUUUUCACCCCCUGCCAAUCCCUGUAAAUAUAACACAGAGAGAGAGAGAGAGUUGCCAGGCCAUCGUUCUUAGUGCUUGCCAGUUGGCAGACCUAUGUAUGAAACAGUUAUACUGAACUGAGCUAUUGGUCUACCUAGCCCUACGUGUUGGCUGCUCUUUCAUGACACAGCUCUAAGGUUUCCAGCCGUGGAGUUUUCCCAGCCACGUUGUUUCUUAACUGGAGAGACCAGGGGUUGGGCCUUCAACGUCCUGCAUACAGAGUGUUUGUGCUGUGCUGGUGGGAAUGAAACUAUUCGCGUUUUCUUCCCUCUCCCCUUCCCUGGUAGGAGACCAAGUCACCUCUCACUGCAAGAAAGAAAGAACUGGGUCAGAGCUGGGGGUAUAGGGCAGAAGCAGGGAGCAUCCCCUUGCUGUCUGCCAGGGACAAGGACUCUCCUUGCUCCCAAUACUUGGUUGGUUGGCUUAGCUGGGGCCACCCUUGCAGCUCUCCAUCAUCAGAUCUCCCUUUUCCUCCUCAUCCUGGAGAAGACCCAGAGAACAUGGACUCCCGUUCUGCUAGUGGUUUGCUGUCGAUUCACUUUGUUCUCCUGCCUAACCAAAUUUCUUUCUCUUCUCCUUGUUUGUUUGUGUUUCAGAAUGUAUUGAUUGUGGAGGUAAGUUCAUCUAUUUGGAUUGGCUAAAAUGGGUGGUGGUCCUUUUGGGUACAGUACGUCUUGUACCACUUAAUGUAUAGGUGCGGAUAUACAAAGAAUCCCGUGAAGUCAGCAAAAACCUUGCUAGUGCUUUUCGAAAGCCGUUUAGCUAAAGGCUGUGACACCUUUUUUGGGGGGACUAUGAAAAAGACCCAAAAGAGGCUACCGUAUUUUUCGCCCCAUAGGAUGCACCGCCCCAUAGGACGCACCUAGGUUUUUUUUGGGGGGGGGAAUAAAGAAAAAAAAUUAUUUCCCCCCCCCCAAGCACGGGGCUGGCGCGGGGGAAGCCCGAGCUUCCCCCGACCCCAGCCCCCAGAACAGCCUGCUAUCCGCAAGCCUAGGGAGCCGUGCCGGUCUCCCCAGGCUUGCGGAGAGCUGCGCAAAGCCCAGGCGCGCUCUUCAGCGUGGCCCAGGCUUCGGAAUGCAGGCAGCUCUGCGCAACCUUUGGGAGCCUGGCGCGACUUUGCGCCGGGCUCCCGAGGGUUGCGCAGAGCUUCCUGAAGCCUGGAGAGUGAGGGGUCAGUGCGCACCGACCCCUCUCACUCUCCAAGCUUCAGCGAAAGCCUGUAUUCGCCCCAUAGGAUGCACACACAUUUCCCCUUCAUUUUUGGAGGGGAAAAAGUGUGUCCUAUAGGGCGAAAAAUACGGUAAUUCCUCCCCUCCUCCCCCCAGAAAUUAAAAUAAUAAAAUGGUGUUGAUGUUGCAGAACUUUUCAGCUAUUGGCUAACCAGGUCAGUUUCAAGGCUCUUGUGUUAAUAUACGAAGCCCUGAACAACUUGGGUCCAGGAUGCCUUAAGGCUCACACAAGCCCUUAUAUCCCAGCUUGAUCGCUGAGAUCAUUCAGAGGAAGACUUUAAGUUGUCCCCCAUCUUACAAAGGCAAAGAAAGUUUAAACUUUCUUCCUUCUUACUACACUGUCAACUUUCUGUGAAAAUUAUUUUGCAUUGUCUUUAAUGGUGUUUUAUUAUACUUGCACAUAUUGUUGUGUACCACCUUGAUAUUUUAUAUGAGUGGACAGCAUAUAAAUAAUUUUAUAAAUAAAUAAAUGCCCUAACUACACACACACACACACCGGCCUCCUUUUACCUUUUGUGUUCCUGUGAUGCAAUGGGUCUGUGCGUCUGGCUGUUAACCAGAAGGAUGGUGGUUGGAGCCCACUCAGGGGCUGUGGGCAGGAUUCCUUCAUUUGCAGGGGGUUAGACUAGAUGACUCUCGGGGGUCCCUUCCAACUCUACAGCUCUAUGCUUCUAUGCUUUCCAAAGGAUAUCAUUGGAACCGGAAGAACAAUGAGAGCUCUCCUCAGCAAAAUUGAAAAAUGCAAACCCAAGAUGGUCAAGGUGGCAAGGUAAGUGUAGUAUUUGGGAGGGACCACAUCUCAAUGGGUGGAGCAGCCUUUGAUAGUGUGAUGCCCUCCAGAUGUUUUGGACUACUAGUCCCAUCAGCCACAGCCAGCACAGCCAAUGGUCGGGAAUGAUGGGAAUGGUAGUCCAACAACAUGUAGAGGCUACUGUGCAGGCCACUGCUCAGAAGCUUGUCUCUUUCUCUGUGGGAGGAUGGCAGAGGCAGCUGACUCAGCUGCUAAGGGAAAGAGAAAGGAAAUCCUUUUGGGUUUGCCCUUGAUGAGUCUUCAGACAUCUCCGAUGGAGGGGAAGUGCACUCAUUUACUCUUCUGCUGAAAUUGGGGUGAGGUGGGGAGUUUGCCAAGCUAAACAGACCUCACCAGCCAUGCAUAGUUACCCAUCAGAGGCUCAAUGUAUCUUUUGUUUUUGCUACCUGUCUUUGGAGUGUCAAAACAGGGAAUGGGGUUGGUUCUCGAGCAAGGACCAUAAUCAAAAUAGUGGAUAAUAUUGAGCUUGAUGGACAAUUAUCUGACCUGGGAGGCCAUAAUAUAUGGCUGUUGGGCUGUGGUUCAGCUUAAUGUUAGGACAUGGUGCCCUCCAGAUGUUGUUAGACUACAACUCCCAUCAUCCAUUGGCCAAGGCUGACUAAGGCUGUUGGGAGUUGGUGUCCAACAACAUUUAGAGGGGCACCAGGCUUAGCGGGUUGCAAGUUGUACAGGCUUUAAGGAAAUGAGAGACGGGGACAGAAGAAUACAUCUAACCAAGCCAAAAUGUUCAGGAGUUAUGUGAACAAACCCAGCUUUUUAAAAUGUUUACAAUAAAAAAAACACAUUUUUGUUAUUUAUUUAAUGAUAGUUUGCUGGUGAAAAGAACAUCUCAGCCUAAUGGAUACAGACCGGACUGUAAGUGCUCUCCUGUGGAUUUUCUUUGCUUCCUGAUUGUGAAGUAGCUAAAAUGUUCCAUUGUCCUGUUUUCAUUAAAUAGGCAAGACGUAACACACCCAGUCCUUGGGGUGUUGUUCAAAAGUGAUGCUAGGAAUAGCGUCUAAACAAUGGAAGUGCCACCUUGAUCAGAACUAUCAUUUGGGGGGGGGGGCAGCUUCCCCUCCACUGUCCCUAUUUCAUUAUAGACAUGUAUGAGAGACGGCGUGGGAAAUGACCACCUUUUAAAACCGAUUUCAGAGUUGUGCCACUAUCAAGAAUCAUAAGCUUGACCUUGCAACUCUGCUGAGAAAGAAACCUUCACAACGCUUCUGUUUCCAAGAGUGUUUGGGGUUAAAUUGUGGCACUUUAACACCAGUUUCAGAUAAGUUUAAAAGUUGCCCAGCAGGUGUUCCUUGCAACACCCUGCAUUUUAUUCUGAGAUCUGAGAUCUUAUAAUGAAGGGCAGUAUAUAAAUCAAAUUUUUUAAAAAUGCCCUUAGCAUGUCUGUUGGCCAAGAUACAACACACUGUGGCUUCAAAGUCCUACGUUGUCCAGCUGUAUCCCAGCUGCAGACAAGUGCAGAUUGUUCCUUGGAGGCUGUCAUAAAAAUCAUUUGGGAGUUAACUUCCCUGGGGACACAUCUCUGUUUGGGUAAGAGCUGUAGUUAGCAAGCUCUAUAUUUCUUUUCCCUCUCAAUAUUAGCUAACAGGAUUCCUUUUAGACAGAAUUGUGGUCCUUUAUAUAGCCUAAUUGGGUACAUCUAGACAGCUCCGCUUCAGCUUCAGUAAAGUGUUCCCAUCUCAGAGCCCCAGACUCACAGUCACUGAGAUUUGGCUCUUGUAUACAAUUUCCAGGUCAGUGAACUAUUACAUAAAGGAAGUGUCAGGGUUUGUAUUUUUAACAAUACAGACAUUUUGCCCUUUUUUUCCUCUCUCUCUUCCAGAUUAUGGAUUUGAAAUUCCAAAUUUAUUUGUGGUGGGCUAUGCUUUAGACUACAAUGAGUACUUCAGAGAUCUAAAUGUAAGUGUCUCCCACUCUUUGCCUCCUGAAAAAAAACAACACUUUUAUAAACUAUGACUUUCGAACCCAGCCAAUCUAGAACUGGGUUUCCUCUUCUGUGGCUAACAGUAAAAAUUUGUACCCUACUUCUGCAGUGCAUGGUGCUUUUUAAUCCUUAUCCUGCCUGCCUUCAUGUACAAUAGUUUGCUUCACGAAUAACGCUAAACCAUAGUUUAGCUGCGGGAAGCCUUGGGCUCAUGCUCUGCUCUCCACGCAGCUCUGAGGAGAAUGGAAAUAUCCAUUACGUAAGAUAAACACCUUUUCCAGCACUCAUACUUGCAGCGUUAUUUCUGUCAGUGGGAGAAUGUGAUUUAUUUCUGUCACUCGACACAGCACACUGGAGCGAUCAGAGUGCAGAAUGUGGCUCCUCCAUAAACGCUGUUGGUUGACUUUGUGGGUUGUGAUGUUAAAACUUUUCGUUUCAGCACAUAUGUGUUAUCAAUAACCAUGGCAAAGCCAAAUACAGAGUCUAAGGAAUAACCGGCUGGCCUGAACUGGAAAACUGACAGUCCCCUUGAAGCAUCUCCUGAAGAACAAUUGAACUGACAUCCGUCCCAUUCAGCCUGGACUAAAAAGUGGCCCCUUCUUUCUAAGGGGGGAAAAGAGACUUUGCUGCAGUCAGCCACCCUCAUCUCCUUUGUAGCAGAACUUGGACAAGGCAAAGACCGAGAAGUCAUGAUCUUUUUAUAUAUACAUAUAAUUUAGUGUUAUAAGCUAGCAAAUAAUUAGUUAAUUCAUUAUAAUUAGUUAUGACUAUAAUUAGUUACUAUGAGAUAGUAAGUGAGACGGCAUUUACCGUAUUUUUCGCUCUAUAAGACGCACCAGACCACAAGACGCACCUAGUUUUUGGAGGAGGAAAACAAGAAAAUAAAUAUUCUGAAUCUCAGAAGCCAGAACAGCAAGAGGGAUCACUGCGCAGUGAAAGCAGCAAUCCCUCUUGCUGUUCUGGCUUCUGUGAUAGCUCCGCAGCCUGCAUUCGCUCCAUAAGACGUACACACAUUUCCCCUUACUUUUUAGGAGGGAAAAAGUGAGUCUUAUAGAGCAAAAAAUAUGGUAUUUGUUGGCUUGCUUAUCCCUUACCUUGCUCCAAUCUUCUUUGUGAACAUAGUGAGGGCAGCUGCACUAGUCACAAAGCCAUCCUGUGCCUCCCAGUGGUGCAUCUUGUUGCUUCCAGUUCUCUCCAGUAACCUAUCUGUGCCUUCUUCUGAGCCCUUCUUUUAAAGUUUUCUUGAAGAAGCUCAGUGUACAUCAGAGGUGGGGAACUGCAGGCCCUGGGACCAGAUGUAGCCCCAGACACCUUUGUUGGCUCCUUGUGACUUUCUGCAAGCCACACUCUCUUUCCGCAGUUCACCCCCCCUCACUAGCUCUUAGAAUCAUAGAAUUAUAGACUUGGAAGGUACCCUGAGGGUCAUCUAGUCCAACCCCAUGCGACACAGGAAUCUCAACACGCCGUCUCCCAUCCAGUUUGGAGCCAUGCCUGACCCUGCUUAGCUUUGCAAAUGUGCUUUUGCACCCAAGUGUUUUCGCCUGCCUGGAAUGUGCCCUUGAACUGUGAUAAUGCUUCAUGUUUGCCUGGAUGGAAAAUAAGGGGGGAGUGUGAGUAUGCAUAAAGAACUAGUCUGUUCUACAGAAGUAAAAUGCACAUUUGUUGCUCCGUUCAGUUUGGCUUCUGGCUCCACCCAUCACAAGGAUGUGGCCCUUGGAAGGUUCCCCAAAAAGGGAAUAAGGCCCCUAGUAGGCUGGAAAAUGUUCCCCAUUAUCCUCACAAGAACCUUGUGAAGUAGCUUAGGCUGAGGGAGAAUGUACUGGCCUCAGACUCACCCAAUGAACUUAGAGGCUGAGUGGGGAUUUGAACCUUGAUCUCCUAGGUCCUAGGAAAACACUCUAACCACUAUGCCACACUGGCUUUCAGGAGGCUUACAGUGGAACGCAAAAGUGCAGACUAUAUACCGGUAAUAACUGUGCUCUAAAUUAAUCCGUCUGUUCAUCAUGGCCACACGCAGUUGCCCUGGGCAAACCUAUAAAAGGUAGCUUGGCUCAUUUCCUGUAUCUUGAGUUUUGUCGUCAAUAAGGUUCUGUUUUGCGGGAUAACAUGCUGUGAGAAUCACAUUCAAGAAACAUCAAAUAUACAUUAUGUUAACGGUGUGAUAGAUUCCUGAUCAGUUGACAUCCCCAAAGCUGGUGCUGCCCGUGGAGUAGGAACUAGUGUAAAUGGUUUUCCUCUACUCCCAUUAAUCCUCACAGUGACCUGUGAGGUAGACUAGGCUGAACAAUAUAGACUGCCCCUAAGUCACCCAGUGACUAGAGCUAGGGUGAUAUUUGGUUUUCAACAUCAUGAUAUAUCGCCAGCGAAACAUCGCAAUAUACCGAUAUGUCACAACAUCUGAAAUGAGGAUUGAGUUGUGUAGAGUCACUCAUAUGUGAUUCAUUGUUUUAGGGCUACAAUCCUAAGCACAACUUGCUAGGGAGUAAAUUUCAUUGCGCAUGGAAGGACUUAUUUUUUUGAGUAAGCAUGCUUUAAGCCAUUUGUAUUUCCUAGGAAUAUGUUUCCUAGGAAGGUAACUGGUUUUAAUUCAUAUCUAGUCCCACACUGCAGAGUCACCAAGGUAUGUGAAUCUAUAAAGUCCCCAGUGGGUCGGUUUCAGUAAAUGUAUUUUUGGGUGUGUUUCUGAUGAGCCUUUGUUACCCAUUCGUCCAAAAUCAUAUGGAGCUCCAGUAUAAUAACAUUGAAUGUUAAUGAAUCUUUGCGAGACACUUUUGAUUUGACCUUUCAAGGGGAGAUGAUGGUGUGUCAUGAAUGCAUGGAUGUACUCAACUGUGUUUAAUACACUGAAUUUUAAUUGGAACCAAACAAUAGCAGCCAAGCUUGGGUUCCCAAACGGCAUCCUUUGUGUACAACAUAGGAAAGUCAUAGAUUAGACAAAAAAAACAAGACCCCAAGACCCUCUAUGAGUGCACAUUUCCAUAACCGAAACUAAUCAUGUACAAAGGGUUGCUUAGAUGGCAUAUAUUCUUUUUCAAAUGUUUUUUCCCCUCUUAAUGAUCCUGUUUUUUUCACAAGCAAUUAACCUGUCUAUGAAUAUGAAUAUGGGGGUGUUGAUACAGGGGUGGGGAAACAGUCUUUUCUGAAGAUAGGAAACAUUUCAUGUCGCAAAACUCAAAUCCAUAUUAAAAGCAUCUUCAGCUUUCCGGGCUUUUGAGGUUUCCCGUUUCCUUUGCCAUCAUCUGCAAAAUAUAUUUUUCUCAUUUACCUGUUGCACUCAUUGGAAGAAGGCCAUUAUGUGCUAUAUACAAACUGCUCUCAAUAACUUCCUAAAGGAAGCCAGUGCAAAAAUAUAAAAAUCGAAUGCAAGCAGCUUUGUUCAGAACAGCAUGGGGCCUAUUGUUGUUAGACUGCAGUUUCCUUUACACUAAUAAACAGUAAGGGCGCUUUGCUACAUUAGAGAUUGCUUUCGACUUCCCAUCGCCUCUUCUUCAGCACAGAUUUGCACACCUCACAGAAGCCUUUACAAUGUACACAAGUGCUUUGGGGGAAACCAAUGUAAACAUUUCCUGUGUACCUCUGCUGUGGCCUGUACAUUUUUCCUAGCUGAAUAAAAUGAACUGAAGUAACUAUGGGAUUUCCACCAUUGUGUAAUUAAUUGCUUUCAUUGCCCC